AUGAGCUGCACAGAGGUUAUGUAUCAGGCGUAUUAUCCGUAUUUGUACCAGAGGUCUUCGGGCUCGGCCGCUCCGCCGACCAGAGCGCCGCACCAUCAUUUCGCGCCGUUCACCCAUCAAUAUGACCGGGUAAGUGCAACGAGAUAAUCGCCGUCAAUAUUGUUAUCGUAUUUAUACCGCGCGCACACGCCACUGGUGCCCGGGAAUUUUCACUGCCUAGCAUGCCGUUAGUAUAAAUAGAUAAUAACAAUCGUGCGCGGUUCGCGCUCGAUAAAUCGUACUUACUGCGAUAAGAUAAUAAUUAUUCUAGUCGACCCGUGCGAAGCGUAAAUUUUCAAACAAAUAAUAGAUUGUAUACAGUCGUGAAUUAACAGUUUGUUAGAAGAGACGAAUUAAAUAUUGAUAAUUUUACCUCGUUCGGCCGAGUACAAAGGGAGAAAUACAGAUCGUUACUAAAACCCAUCAUCUUAGAUCGAACAAUUCUAUAAGAUGCCUAAUCCGACGAUAGGACUGUAUCUAGUCUAGCUGGAUCUAGAAAUUCAAAUUUAUAUUCGAUAAAUCUAGUUUUUUCCCUCUUGUAUAAUAUUGUGGCUGAAACAAAUUUACUGAGUACUCGUAUUUUAAGCCAAUGCGAGGAGGUACAUAACACCAACCUCUUUUCCCUUAUAGAUGCCAUAAAGUCGUGCGCAGGGAGGAUGCCGGGUAUGUCAUGGCGUUCCCUGCGGUUUGCGAGCAGUUUUUUGUUCUUUACUAUUUAGUGAGGCAUUUUAUAAACCUUGUUAUAAACUGUUGUAGUAAUCAGGUAAUAGGACGUUAUACCCCUAUUUACUAUCUGUCCUACUAUCGGGUAAAAUACAAAAACAAUGCUUAGUAAAACUAGCUUAAUUUUGAUUUUAGAAUGAAAGUACCUAUUAUGAAAUUUAUAGAGAAAAGUAUUUCAGAGGGAAUACCAAGGGGUUUUUUGUACUAUUCAAAAUAUACAGCUCGAUAUAAAAGAUAAAAAACCUUUAUUUUUUUGCUUUUUUAAAUAAUUGUAACUUUUUUAAUAAUUCAUAAUUCAAAAAACACCGAUGACGAAUUUUAUAACAGGUACUUUUACUCUAAAAUCAAAAUUAAGCUAAUUUUACUAAGCAUUGUUUUUGUAUCUUACACGGUAGCUGAACUAAGACAGUAGAUGAGAGUAUAACGUCCUCUUAAGAAAUGUUGACAUUUUUUAAUUUUCAUCAUGGCUAUAGAUAAUAUUUUUAAUUGUGAUUUUUAUCAAGCGCAUUUUAGUGAUAAUGGGAUUUGGGAAUUGGGAUAUCACAUGGACGUUAGUCACGUAACCAUUCACGGUGCUUUGCAGAGUUGCUGCAGAUAACCGUAGAACAGUCUGAUAACAUUAUUCGUAUGACAAUUAUGAAUAUUUUCAUAAUUUUUACUAGAGCAUAUUGACUAUUGUUGUAAACUUUAUAGUUGAGUAAAAAUAAUUUUGAAAAAAAAUUCAGAUUUGUAUCUUUAUGAAAGUGGUUAAAAAUUCAUCUAUUUUGAAGUAUACCUACUGGCAUCCCUUGUGAAAAAAGUCUGCGCACGCCUAUGGGCCAGAUGCCACUGAAUCUGAUUAUCUCCAGAGCCGUGUUCAGGACGUAAUACGGUAUAAUAUAUCCUCGUACGUUGACUAUUUUAAAUUUGUGUAUACCCAGCGAACGUGCUUAUUUUAGAUUUAAAUGAAUUGUUUAAUAAAUUCAAAUUUACAUUCACUUCAGAAUACUUCCUUUGUCCCUUACAAAUCGUAAGUCAUCGAUCGUUCAGAGUGGUAACUUAAUUAUAUCGCUCUAUACCAACGUCGGUAUUUCAGAUUUGAAAUUGCCUAUUUAAAAUGAAAUACAUAAUAUUAUUACCUAACUGUUAAAGAGAAAACUACUAUUGUCUUCGUAAUUAUUAGUGUAAUUAUGUAUUACUUUAACCGUGUAAUCGUACUAUGUAGACAGAUAUUUGUCCAAUAUAUAUAUAUGUAUUAAGGCAUUGAGAUUUCCUACAUUUUGAUGGUUUAGAAUCAGUAUAGGGAUGAGCAUCUGGACCAUGGCCCAUUAUGAAAUUUCAGAUUCAACUAAAAUAUGCUCGUCUGUCAGCAAAAUUCCAAAAAAAGUAUUGAAUCAAUAAAAAAAAAAAUAUAUAUAUAUAUAUAUAAAUAACUUAGAUUAAUAUAUUUUAGCUAGGCACGCAAUAUAUUCUAUUGAAAAAACUGAAUACCUUUUCUACAUAUUAUAACUGCGAAAAUUGAAGGCCACAAAACGCCUUCAACCUUAUAUCGACUAAAAACGUUUUUAAAGAAUCAACAAUGAAAUUUAUCUUAUUCUAUAGGUAUAUUAUCAUAAUAACAUAAUUAUAACCCUUCGGACUCCCAAAAUAUUUUUAACUGGCCUAUCGUUAAAAUAAAGAAAAUAAUUCUUAUACACAAGAGAUUUUAAGAAAUUUUCACUAGGUAAAAUUUUUGAAUAAAAUUAAGAAAUCUUCCACAUGACUAUACUGUUUACGAAAAAAAAAACAGUGACUGUAGGACUUCUGGUAUUUUUAUAUCGAAUUAAUAUCAAAUUUUUGGGACCCCUGUAUUAACAUUAUGAGUAUUUAUAUAAAGCCCAAAAGAUUUUAUCCAUAUAAUAUUAAAAAAAAAAAAAAAAAAUGUUAACUCAUUAUAGUCGAGCAAUAUUGCUAUCGUAUCAUAUCUCUAAAACUUUAUCUAUCUAUUUAUCUAUUCCUAGCUUCGCUCAGAAUCUAAUAUAUAUAUAUGUAUAUAUAUUUAACGUUAUUGAAGAAAUAUUUAGGUAUAAUUACCUAAAUUUUUCAUUUGUAAAUUAUAGGCUUAUAACAUAGAAUAGAAUAGUAUAGACUGCAGUAUAGAUAACAUUUUAAUAUUGUAGAAAGUAUCUAUGGAAGAAUAUGCUUAAUUUAUUCUAGCAGUUAUUUGGGCCAUUUAGGGUUAAUCAAAUAUAUAUCGUUUAUAUAUAUAUAUAUAUAGGACUCCUCAAAGGUUGAUACAUAGAACCCUUAAAAUUAUUCCGCGUUAUCUCAUCUCGGCCAUUGAUUAUCCCUUAUUGAUAAUGGUCACGUUGACUGUCUAUGGCCUGAAUUUUUGUUUAUAUAAUAUUUAUGGAAAGCUACAUAAAUACGUGCGUUACACCCUCAAAGUCAAUAACGGUCUAUAUAGGUAAUUAUGAUUUAAUGAUGAUUUUAAAGGUAUCUCUUUAUUUAAUAUUAUUGUUUUGGUUAUAGGGUUAUAGAGAUUAGACCAUUAAAGAUAUCUCUGAAUUUACUACUAAUAAAUAUUAUUUGUCUAAUAAUAUUGUUAUUAUAUAAGAAAUAUGAAAAUUAGUAUAGGAAAUGUUCCUGGAUAUAUUUGAAAAUUAUUAUAAUAUGAAUAUAUAUAUAUAUAAAAAAAACGAUACUGCUGGUGGGUAUAUCAUUAUUAAAGGUGGGAAGUUGAGCAACGAUGAAUACGUAGUUAUUUGUUGUAUGUAAACAUCGAUCAAUUAAUACUAAAGAAAAACGAUUCUGAGCAAAGUUCGGUUAAACAUAUUUUGAAAUGCGGCGAUGUUUGUUAAAACUUGAAGCGUUUUAUAAGUAUUAUCUAAAAUUCACCUCGUGUUAAAUUUUUGAGAACUUCUAUUUGGCUAAAACAAUUGCAUAGUGCCAAAUAAAACCCCAACAGUUUUAAAUAGAUAUGUGUUUUUAUAAAGUUAUUACAUUAUUUUUUAUACAAUUUAUUAUGAAUUCUAUGAAUCCUAUGUAGGUCAUAAAACUUAUUUUACUCCUUCCCUUAUAUCCCGACUUUUCGGGGUUCGCCAGUGGCGGAUUUACGGGAGGGGGGUCCAAGGGGUCUGGACCCCCCAGACACUGAUAUAAUUUCAAUAAAUGUUGAAAAUCUGCUACUGGGGUCCACUAACUUUGUCCUAAACUUCCACUUGACCCGAUCUCCCACCUCGCAUAUACCAACUGUCCUCAUAUUGUUCUCAAUCGUAUUCAAUCACCUAUUUUUCGAUCUUCUUCUCCCCCUUUUCCUUACUGUUCUUACUGUUUUUGAUUCCUCUCUCUUCGUGACCUACCUAAACCUUCUCUGAUUAUUUCCUCUCAUUUUGUCUACAAUGGAAGCUAGGUAUAAGCUACCAUUUAUACCUUUCAUUCCUUAUCUUUUCUCGUCAUUCCAGUUAUCCACCUAAACAUUCUCAUUUAUGCUACAUUCAUUCUCUGUUCUAUCUUCUUGUCUAUACCGUCAAACACUCUAAAUCAUACAACAUAGUCGGUCUUAUCAAACUUUUGUAGGACUUAAUUUUAAGACUCAUUGGAAUUCUAUUAUCGCAUAAAACAUCUGACACUGCUCACUACAUUAUCCAACCACACUUAAUCAAGUAAUCCAUUUCUUUGCCAAAGUCAUCGUUCUUUUGUACAAAAGAUCCUAGGUACUUAAAACUCAACCUCGUCAAUUACGUUACCGCUUAUUGUCGUUAACAUUUUUGUUCUGUUCAUCCAAACUCAUAUUAUAUAUAGUUCGUUUUACUUCUACUUAUAUUUAGUUAUUUUUCUUCAAAUGCCACUCUCUAUUACUCAAACGUUUCAAAAAACCUAUUACUAACUUCUUCCAUAUUUUCGCUUACCAAAACUUAAUCAUCUGAAAACAUCAUGCACCAUGGUGGCAUGGUACCUCCUCUCAUCUCUUGUCACAAUGCACUUCCGAAAUGAGACAGUUAGCUAAAGUCUUAUUUAAAACACCUCAUGCUGUUUGACAAAAUUUUACACCGGUUGUCGACCUGGCGCAACCCUAUUUUGUCGUCUCUUGCGCCAUGUAGAGGUACCGUGAGAGUAUUCUGAUCCUCUCCCACAGUGAGUGUGUUGAAAAUAUUAUAAAUAUACAUAAUGUAGUAUAAAGUUUUAUCGCCCAUUUACUUAUUGAGUGUUUGAAUGAUAUUCAGCUAAUUACGGGCUAUUUUUUAUAAUUUUAGUAUUGAGUAUUUUGAUUUCCUCCCACAAGGAGUAGGUAGUCAUAAACUCAUUUGAUUAAUUGUUGCUAUUUUUAAAUGAAGUGUGUUGGAAAAAUUUAAUAAUUUAUUAGGUUAGAUGUUCUUUUAAUUUAUAUUAAUGAUGAAUCUACAGGGAUACAUUUUGUGGAUAGUCAAAAUGGUCGACUGUUAACACUUAACAAAUUUGUUUAAAUAUCUACAAUGUCAAUGGAAAUAAUUGUAUAAUUAAAUAUUAAUUUUCUGAAAUGUCCACCUAAACUAUAAAUCAUAAACCUCAUUAAAAUCAUUUAGAGAUAUGAAUUCUAGCGAUAUAAUUUCCUUUCGAAUAACUAUUUUAUUGUUUCAUUUAAAUUUAUGUAAAUGGAACUUAUAUAUGUAAACUUAUAACUUCAUGCUUAUAAACUAAAAUCAUGCAAAUAUUUGACAGCAUGCUAUUGCUUAUAUUUUGUAUAGGUAUCACCUUUAUCGCAAAUUAAUAGCUUUAAAAUAUAUACAGCCAACCACUAAUAUAGACCAUAAUAUUACGGUAUAAUGUAAGUAAUGGUAAUAAUAUGCAAAAUUAAAUUUGAGUUGUUAUUUAUUUUGGAAUAUAUUAUCAUAGCGUUAUUUUAAUACGUAAGCAUAAUAUAGAAUAUUAUUUUAUCGUAUAAAAAAUAUAUUUACGUACUGCUAAAUAUUUGCGUUAAAUUACUCAACUGUUUUCAGAUCCGGUUUAAGUAGAACAUAAUAUGCCGCGGUUGACAAUAUGUGUACCUAUACACGAUGACAAUUUUUUCUUUCUAUGCUUUAAUUUUAUAUACUGUAUCAGUAUGUCGGAAUGGACCACCUGAUAUUUAGAAAAUUUCCCGGAACCUAUACUAGAAUUAAUUUCUUAUACAAUUAUGAUACUUACUCAUCGGCGUUUUUAAACUGGUAAACGUUAAUAUUUGGUUGCCCCAUAAAAUUCGCAUAUCUUUCUUAACCAUCUAGUACCUACUGAUAUACUUUAAAUGAUUUUUUUUUCAAUUUUUUUUAUCUAAAAUGCACUACUGUUUUAGCUGAGUAAUAGUUAUUGUAAGUAAAAUAUUGUGGAUACAGGUACUUUUAUAUAAUGCCUGAUAUAACUCUGCAUUCUGCAAAAGACAAAAGACGAAUCUGUUAUUUUUAAACCACUGUGUAUACAAUGUAUAUAUUUCAUCUACAGAUAACGCAUUUGAAAUAAUUAUAGGAGGUAUACAAAAUAACUUAACAGAGUAUUACAAGCUCAUUAUUAGUUAACUAUAUAUAAAUUAAUUUUUUGUAUUAAUUCAAUUAAAAUUAAUGUAAAGUUAAUAAAUCUUGAAUCGGUAUUUUCUAUUGAAAUGAAUUUAGUUUAAUAAUAUCACUAUUUUAUAUAAGUAAUUUAAAUAAAUAUAAUGUUUACAAUGAACCUUAUGUUAAUGAUAGUUUAGUAUUUACAUAUUUUAAAUAUACAUACAUAAACGAUUUUAAAUGUACCUACAACAAUCUUCAUUAGAUUUAGCUGAUAAGUAUAGAACUUUAAAAGAAAACAACAUUUUCAUUAGUCACUUUUACAAUUAUAGUUAGACUGGUUGCUCAUGGAGUUUAUAAGGAACUGACUUCUUACGCUUCACAUAGAUAUAUCAUGUGUAUUAUAUGAAUGCGAUUUUGCCUGUUGCCUGAAAGAGAUAUGGGUUACUUUUUAAGAGGACUUGCAUUUACUAUCCAACAAACGGCCAGCAUGGAAAAAUUAUGCUUAACACAGACUUCAUAGAACUCACAAAAUUUUUGGUUUGCAAUAAAAGCAUCUAUUAUAAAAUUAAAAGAGAAUUGAGGAAAAUGAUGCACAAAUUCUAAAAUUUGUUUUUAAACUUAUACCAAAAAUGCACUCCCAUUCAUUCAUUAAUAUGAUAUCAUUUUUUGUUACAAUUUAAAAAGGUCUCUGCUGAAAUUAAAAUUAGGUACACAAUACUUAAUUUUUCAUAAAAAAGAGUAAAUAGAAUACCUAUUAUAGAGUUAUAAGCACUAGAUACAUGUGAGUAAUUUUAGAUGACUGUUGUAAGAAUAAAUACAAAAUUAUAAAAAAAACUUAAUUCAUAAGUGUUCCACUAGGAGCAGUCAGGGAAGCAGUGAUGUACUGUUCUUAUCACCUAAUUUUGUAAAAUGACAUUUAGUGCCCACAAUGUUUCUUUUUAUCUUGGCUCGAUAGUCAACUAUAGUCUAUCUAUAAACGUUUCCUACUACCGAUAAUAUUCGUCGUAUAUAAAACAAUUAAAAUAAAAUAUUUUGUUUUUUCGUUAAUCUUACUACCGUUGGACAAUUACUGUUGUAUAUUGUACACUCGCCUUUAAUAUACGUAUCUAUAAUAAUGACACAGUGGUAGAAUGUAUUGUAGUUGCCAAAGUGGAUAUUUUUUUUUCAAUUCAUAGGUACCAUGUGUUUUGAAAGACAUUCACUUUAAACUAUAGUUAUCGAAGGACGUGCGUGCUGGAAUGAGGUGCCAAGUAUUCUUUUGAUCGAAAAGCAAUAGCCAUUUUACCGUCAUCAUCAUUUUAUUUUAGUUGUUAAAAGGAAUUAAUAGAAAUUUACAAUGGGGUGAAUAUAAUAACUGCAGUACCUAUUGUAGUGUUCCCUCAAUAAUAUAUUUUUAAUCGUCCAAUUAUAAUAUUUAAUGUUUAAAAUUAAUUCAAUUAGGUUGUAACAAAUAAUCAAAUUGUUUGUUUAAUGUCGCGUAUCCGAUAUAUAAGUAUAUUUUCAUAGCAUAUUGUAGCCUAUUCCGAGUGACAAAUAUUUUAAUAGGUACUUUAAUUCGUUUAAAACGCGAUGCGUUUCCGCGAUUAACGCAACUAUAAGGAAUAUCCUGUUAAAUUGUUUAAAACAUUCUACACAGCAAUAAAAACAUUUAUAGGCAUGUAAAAAUAUUACUGUUUAUUACAUAGGCAAGUAUAGGUAUACAAAAUAUAAAUCAUAAAGUAGUGAUGCGAGGACAUUUUAUUUUUUUUUGCGAGGCUUAACUAUUUUCUAUUCCUAUACCUAUAGUUACCAUCAUUAUCAUCACCCCUCUUAGGAAUAAAUAUUAAAUCAGUGAUAAAAUAUCGCUAUUGAUUAUAAAAACUGACUGUACUAUGAUUCUACUGUCUCCAUCUAUUUUGGUCGAGACGCAGGUUUAAAAAAAAUAGUUUAGGCCACGCUACCAUUGAUAAAACGCAUUCAUAUAAUUAUUAUGUGUUUUUUUUAUUAUUAUUUCAUUUUAUAUUAUUACUUUUGAAUUUUUUUAAAAAAAACUACUUAUUCUUACAUUUCUUUAUAUGGACUAAAGUAUUUAUAAGUAUAUAGCUAUGCCGUAAUGGUUAGUGCUUAAUAUAUUGCAAUUAAUACAUUAUAUUUAAUAUCGUUACUUUUCACAACUUUUUAGUCAUAACGCAGUCUGCGUGUAUUUUAUCGAUCUUAAUAAAAAAAUAAAAAAAAAUAUUUAUCACUUUUUGCAAAAUAUCUUAUUUGUGAAUUUGAAAUGGAUUAGGUAGGUGUAUAUAUAGGUAUGCAUUUUUAUUUUUACACAAGGACAAAAUAUGCACCAGGAGGUAUAUUAUCGUGUAUAUUAAUAUUGUCGUUUGCCCCGGGACUCAAAAUCGAAUAAAACUCAAUGGUUUUAAUAUUCACAAACUAAUGGCCUUGUAAUGCUUAAAAAAAAUAAUGUUUUAUUGUACCAGACUUUGUCUAUAUACCUAUAAAACAAAAAAGUAGGUAACUAUUAUUACAGUAAAACUUUUGAAUUCACCUAAAUGUAAUAGUUAAACGUUAAGACGUAUAGGUAUUAUUUUAGCACGUGUUCAAGUUGUUAUUCAGUUUAUUAUAUAUGAAGUGAUAUGCAUUAUAUUAUUUCAAACACGUUCACACAGUAAACUGCAUACAGAGAUCUAAUCAACUGCAGCGAUAUAAUAAUAAUUAUAAAUUUAAUAAUAUAUAUAUUUUUUUAUACAUAUAUAUAUAUAUAUAUAUUGUUAUUAUAUCUAACUUGCAUGAUUUCUACUUCUUUAUUGGUUUAGUUGAACACAUUUUAUAACAUCGUUUUCUUGGUUAAUCAUUACCUAUUUUCGAUGUACGCGCGCGCGUAUAUAAUAUACUGUCGUAUAUAAUAGUCAGGAACCGGUUGUUUUGGAAAACUUGUCUUUUUAAAAUCCUACACUGCCUGCCGCAGAAUUAGAGAGAGAGAUACCAUAUAGUUAAUGUCUGUCGAUUAAAUUUGAUAUCUGUUUACAUGAGCAUUAUAUUAUUAACCUCCAACAAAAAAAAAAAAACACGCGUGUGUGGUUUAUACUAACACAAAUAUAGAUGUGACCACAGUCGUCGGUAUACCUAAUGCGUAUAAGGGUUAAUAAAUAAUAAAUUACAUUUAUGAGAAUAUUAUAAAUUUAUAACUAAUAAAUGUUACGAAAAAUAAAUGGAAUAACAUAACAUUUUAAUAUUUGAGUACAUAAUAUUGCUAAUACCUAGGUAUACCGAAUAUUAAUAAAUUAUUAUAAACGUCAUUAAUUUUUUUUUUUCUUGGCAGCACAAUACAUUUAAGGAAAUGCAAAUUUCCUGCUAAAUAUAUCUAAUAAAUAUUUCAUUUAAAAAUAUCAAGUGCUAAAAUAUUAUUUUAUUAUUAUUAUACUAUUGUUAUUAUUAUUAUAUUAUUUGAGAAUAAAUUUUAUUUUAUUUACAUCAUAGGGAAGUACCUCUGCCUAACGAAUUUCACAUUUAUUUGUUCAAAAUUAUUAUACAGUUAAUAAUUUUAGAUUCUGAGCGAAGCGAGGAAUGUAUUGGUUUUACAUUGAUGUUCAUUUUUUUUUUUUAUGUAUAAUUUUUUUAUCUGUAAACAAAUCUUUCUUUACUUUUCUUCGGUUAUCAAAUUUAGUAAGUUUUCUGAAAGGAAAUUUACGUAAUUUAUUAUUUUCAAUUUUUGCAAUUCAGUUAAAAAUAUUCAAAGAUGUUUAAAAUUUUGACAUAGGUGCUUUAAAUGCUCAAACAAUUUUAUUUAUCACUGCCUAUAGUUAGUGCUUGGACAUGGUUGAUAUUAUUUCUAAAUAUGUUUAGUUGUAUGAAAAUGAACCAUUGCUUUCAAAAGCCAGCAAAAUGUACAAACAUAAUAUGUAAAUAGAAAAUAACAUGUCUACAUACAAAUAAAAUACAAAAAUGUCCGGCGGGAAAACGUGAUAAUAUUUUUAAUAAUAGGUAUUAUUAAUAAUGCUGUGUGCAAAUUUCCACACCACCUUGGCUCGAUAAACGACAGUAAAAUAAUUUACGUUAUUUAAAAAGCAUAUGAGGUACUGCACGAGGUGCGUUUUUGAUAUAGUGGUAUCCCCGAGUAGGCCUAAUCCACUGUAAUGUAGUAGAGCAUAAAUUAUAUAGAUACUUACUUACGUGAUUAUCGUUAUUAUUGAAGUUUUUUAUCAUCGAUUUUUGUUUAUCGAUUGCUGGGCUUUCAUUUUUUUAUUUUUAAAGUUUUGACUAUUGCAUAGUUUUUAUCUUGUCCUAUAUAACAGUUAGGAUUUCGAUUGCUGUUAUCUUCGUUAUUAUUUAACGUUUUUCUUCGAUUUUCAGAUAAUGUCGGUACUGGAUUGAAGUUAAUAUUUACUCUUGCCCGCACAUGACUAUUUUACUGUUAUUUUACUUUUACUACUAUAACCUAGUAAUAAACACUAUAAUAAUAUAACAUAACCGUUCUCGUACUAAAAAUAGUGCUAAAAAUCAGGUGCCUGAUUGGAAAUCAAACUAGAGUCUCUGUAAGUAGAGCGGUGGCUCUAACAAACUGAGCUGCCUGUAGCUCUGACCCCUAACACUUUUUCGGCAGACUUAAACGGUCGUGGGUUUGGAAGGUUGGUAGAGUGGCAAUAUAUCGUACACUGUUAAGAAAACGUUACGGUGCUCGGGUAAGUCGUGCCAGAUUUAUACCUGCAGUAAAUUGCGUUAAGCUUAUAUUUAGGUAGCCUAUAGCGCAACCUUAAAUUUAUAUAGAAUACGAUCACCGAAUCCCGGUUGUUGCUGUUUGCAAAUUUUGAUUAAUUUUAACAUAGCAAUAAUAUUCGGCUCGGGUGAAUCAAUAAUAUGCCGGAAACGAUAUUCCGCUGCUUGAUCCUUUCUGCAGUAGUAGUCUUGACUUGAAAUUUAAAGUGUUCGUGUGCAAAUAAAUCGAUAAUAAAUGUGUGAUAUUAUAAAAAAAUACCUAUUUACGAGAAGGUAUAUAGUAUUGAAAAAAAAAAUUGAAAACAAUAAAUUAAACAUAAGAAUGUCAAUAAUAUUUAUGAAACUAACAUAAUUUACUACAAUUAUUAGAUUAAAUACCUACCAUUAUGCAGUUUAGUUGGUAUAACGACAGUAAACAAUUUAAUAUUGGCCAACGCGCUCAUUUUCACAAUAUUUAUACUGCCGUUCAAAUAAAUUAAAAUUAAAUAAAUACUACUAUAUUAUACAAAUAAAGUAUAACGUAUUCGUUAUACUCGGGAAAAUUAGCGGGGAAUAUCGAGCCACCGUAUAAUUUUUGCGAGUAGAUACAUAUUUUGUAAACAGAACAGCAUAAUUUUGUAUUAAUUUAACACAUACUGUACUAAGGAAAAAUGUGUUACAGUUUAAUGAAUUCCCACUUUGCGUUAUAUAAUAUUAUCUUAUUUUUUAUCUUAUAAAUUAUGGUCUAUGCUUACGUUUAAUGAAACAAUAUCGUACAAAAUUGAAUACUAUGUCCUUUUUUUUUUUUAAUUCGUACAAAUAAUACUUUAUGGUUUUUCCUACAAAAUGCACGAGUUAAUAUUUUUCAUGUUUAUGUAUAAAAUUAGUUAUUGGUAUUUAAUCAUUACUGCUGGUUAUCCUCACCCGCUUUGUCUCUCUAUUAUUAUAUUCCGCGGUCAGUUAUUUUAUUUAUAGUGCGAAUGCUUCCACAUUAAGUCGUUUGAGAAUUCCUAUAUAUAUAUAUAUAUAUUUAGGUGUAUUAUUUGUUUAUUUGGACCGCCGACCCGGGAGUUUGAUUUUCCAAAAGGCCGUGUGAAAAUAUUUCUCAGGUAUAUUAAUAUGUAUAGUUUAUAGCAGCGAGAGAGCAGCAAAGAGUGUACGUGAAACGAAUACCCGCAUGCACGCAAAUAAUGCAAUCUAUACUCGAAAGAAACAUUUAAGAUAUUUUCAUACUGACAUAAGCCUAAUGAACAAAUUGGAAUGGCUAAGAUGAGUGGGAUUCCAUAUUAUCUUCAUGUUACCGUGUGUGUGUGUGUGUGUGUGUGUGUGUGUGUGUGUGUGUGUGUGUCCAAGUGGGCAGGCGCCCUUUGUACAAAUUAAAAAAAAAAACUCGAGGAAUAAUUCGUCAUAACAAUUAUAUAUGAAUAGUAAGGUAUAACAUGUGAAAAUUCUUGUUUUUCCGCAUAAAUAUGGGGAAAAUCAUAUCGUAUAAUAUUUAUGUACUAUUAUUGUUUUUAUAGCGAAUUUUAUAUAAGUAUAACGGGACGUGGUGUAUGGGAGAGAAAAACAAACAAAUUGUGAAAAACAAUAAAAUUACCACACGCUGUAAAGUUUAGUGUGUAACGUACAAAUCCCGUGUUAAAGGUAUAUACGGGUAUGUAUCCAUGUUGAUUUAUGGUCAUAAGAGGCAGCCGGUGUGUGCCGGGACACGAGGAAUGUUCUUUUAAGUCCGGCCCGACUCCGCAUUCCUACUGUAUCUGGUCCAUCUUACAAUUUAUUCUUGUUUAGGUUUUUUUUUCUUUUAUUAUUACUAUUUUUUUUUCUUUUUUUUUUUUUUUUUUUUUACUUUUUUUUUUUUUUUUUUUUUUUUUUUGCUUUUACAACAUAUAGUCUGUUAUAGCAGUUGGUAUAUAUAUAUAUGUAUAUACACAACGAAACGCAGCAAUAUGAUGAUAAGACAAUUGAUGUUUUUCGGAAGAAAAAACUUUGGGCUACCACUUUUUUUUCAUCAUCAUCAUCGUCAUCAUCUGCAGCAGUACGUCCUUUACACUCAACCGGUUUCACUGUGCUCUUUCGUCUUGUGCGUUGUGUAAUAUUAAUUGACCGUCAUUAGUCUAAAGGACCGGGGCUGCUGCGCCGAACAAUCUUAUAGUAUUAUUUAAUCCAAUCAACACGUAUACAAGACGUAUAUACAUAUUAUACGAUAUAUAUAUAAGCCACAAUAUUAACUCACCGCGAUUACAAUAUUAUAUGGAAUAUUGAAUUGUAACGAAAUAGGCACAGACAGCGUUCGAUAAUAUUUUAUCGAUUAAAACGUUUAAUAUAGCACACGACGCACACGACUGAAUAACACGUUCUUAUCAAUAUAAUAUUAGGAAACUGAGGAUUCGAGCGAUAAAAAAUAAUUUGUAUUUUAAAAAAACUAUAGGUGAUUUUUUAUUUGAAUAUCUUCUAUACGCGUCCACUUCCUUCUCUAACAGUUCAAAGAUCUAAUUUUCCCCCAUUCAUUCUCAAAUAUUAUCCUGUAACCACCACUUUCCUAAUAUCAAACGCAUUCCCUACAGAUUGUAAUAUACAGAGUACCUAUAACUGUAUCUUAAUUAGUGAUUUUUAUCGGAUGUAUAUCUCAUUUAUUAUCUUAAUAGGUAUACAUAAUUAUACUAACAAUCUUUAACCGUUGAUCAAAAUAAUUAAAUUGAGUACAAUUUUACAUUAUUAUCGUACGAAUAAUUUCUUGAUAAUUUGAUAUUGAUUAAAUUACUAAUAUAUUAUAUGUGUAAUAAUGUAUUAAUAUAAACAGCAAUAAAUAUAGCAACAAUUAUGUGUUUUACCAUAAUCUGCCAGCAACAUAAAGGGUGUCCAUUGUACUUAACCGUACGUUCGUCUGGACACAGUGAAGCUCCUUAAAACUGGCCCGAAACAAAUAAAUAUGGUUUAAUAAUAUUAUAGUUUAGGUGUUUUUAAGAGAAGUGCUCGUUGGUUAUGAAGGAAUAUACGAUUUGUUCGUGUGAAUGAUUCUAUUAUAUGAUACUAACAUAAGUGAAAUUUUUCGUAGAAAUUAUCAUUAUGCUUUGUAGUUUGUUAAAUUUAAGUGAAGAAAAAAAAAAAUGAAAAAUCCGUUAAGAGUAACCUAUACGUUAGGUAUUAUUAGGAACACAAAGCGAAUCGUAUUACAUCGCACAUAUACAUCUACCUAAUAUAUUAUAUAGUUUUAAAACGAUUUUAUCUUUUUUUUUAUGUAUAAUAUAUUUAUAUUCUACAUGUAAUUAUUCAUAUUACUAUAUUAUAACUAUAUGCGUGUAUAUUAUGUAGAAUUGUCUAAAAAUCGCCAAUUGAACGUUGACAAUAUUUUAUCUGUUUACAGCUGAGGGCAUUGGAAACGCACCAACAGGCGUCCACAUCUUCGCCGAUCGGCGGUAGCGAUUCGCCAGCAAACAGAUGGACAACUAUAGCCGAUCACGCGGACUCGCACCACAGCAGCGUCGGUUCGGGGGCGUCCAGCGUCGGCCCGGUGGGCGGCAUCGCGAGCCCAGCGUCGUCUCCUGCCACCGCCAACAGCGUGUCCGUGGUGCACAAAGAAGAAGAUACGUCCAGAGAUGGUGAGAAAUUUGCAAAUGGUUUUAAAAUCAACACAAACCUACAUGAUAUCCGUAGUUGUUAUUUUGUAUUUAUAUACUUACACGAAUCGGGGGUGGAACCAGGAUAAGAAAACGGAGGAGAGGGCGAUUUUAAAAAUGCAUAAUAUGAAACACACAUUUAUGGCGAGUUUAAUGAUGAAUCAAGCUAAGUUUGCCAAUGGUUUAAGAGUAUAUUGGAGAGUAAACGGGGAAGGGGCGAUUGCCCCAAUCGCCUCCACCCCUUAGAUUCAUCCGUCACUGACGCGUAUUUAUAUGUAUGGUCUGGAUUAAUAUGGUCUAUAAUAAAUUACUUUGAAUAUAUACUGUCAUAUAAUAACAGGUUUUACUUGUGGGGUAUUUGUUCCGCGUGAAUUGAAUUAUAUCAAUAAUUAUGUAUUAUAUUCUCGAAAUACACUGUCCAAGAUCAUAAAAAAUAAAAUAAAUAAAUAAAUAAAAAAAAACCUUUUAUUGAUUCACCGUACGAGAUUAAACGAAUAAUAUGUCCUCCUCACAUACACGUUGCGUCGAUACGAUUUCAUGUUAUGCACGAACCGUUUUUAUUUAUUUUGUCCUAAACUUUUUUAAUAUAAAAACGAAAAUUUAUCUCACCGCGAAGUUCGUAUACUGCACGAGAUGAUGUAUAAUAUAUUCAUAAAAUAUUCGCGAUUAAAUAUCUCGCGCGCAUGCAUACCUCCGAUAACGCAACGAGUCGCGCAAACCGAAUUUUAUAAUAUACAGGUACUGCUAGAUGUACUUAGCACUUGCAUAGCUAGCUAGAUACUUACGAGUUUAAACCACGACAGCUUAUUAGAUACGUAUAACUUAAACCUUGUAAAAUUUAAUAAUAUAUAACUACAUAUUAUAGUGCUUAAAAUAAACAAUAAAUCACCUAGACAAACUGUUAAAUUUCAUCAUUAUAAGUUCUUACAAAAAUUAAAAUACAAAAAAAACUAGUAAAUUGCAUUUUAUAUUUUAUUUUAACUAUAAUAAUAUUUAUUUAAGAUCAUAGACACUUUUAUAAAUACUUGAUAAGCAAAAAAAAAUAACUUUCCAAUUUCAUAUUAGAAUUGUUGAAUCUAACUACUAUGGUAAACUACCUAUGAUAAAUCUUAUUUGAGUUAAUGUCAGUGGCUUACUUAAUUAUAAAAUAGACAAUUUCCGAAAGAAAACAGAAAACUUAAUAAAAAGUAUUUUUAUUUUUUUAGUUCUUCGAAAUAAACAAAAAAAUAAUUUUCAAUUUCAAUAGAAAUCAAUUUCCACAGCACUCUGCUAAAUUUUGUGUCAUGCCAACAAAAUAAGUAAAUGCUAUAAAUAUCGAACCCUAUUUAUGAUGUAUAACUGUGUCAAUUGGUCGAUAUUUUUGUUCAUUUUCUGUUACUUACAUUAAAGACUAAGACUUACGGUCGUGCUUAUAGAAUGAAGGGUUUUAUAUUCUCCCAUUGAUCUUCUUUGAAGGAGUAUUUCAGCAAUUUCCACUUAAAAAUAUGAUUAAUAAUUUUAUAUCUUUAACUAGUUGUAUUUAGAUUCGCCCACCCUCAUAUCUCAGAUUUUUUUUCACAUUUUAUUAUGAGCAUCUUUGUUCAAAAUAUAAUAUAAUGAUAAACAUAAUACAAUAUACUAUUAAUAUGGUUUCAUAAAUUUUUCUUAGAAGUAUUAUAAAACGUUGAGUUUUGCUUUUAAUUUUAUUAAAAUAAUUCGAAAGCUACGUAAGUUUAAUAAUAAUAAAAAAAAAAACUCAAAAUGUUCUCAACUAAUAAACUAUUCAUAAACAAUUGGAAUUUCUAUAUUUACCACUCGAUAUAAUAUGUUUAUUGGAAAAUGUUUUACAUAUAUUAUAUAUCAUUUAAUUUUCUUUUUCAGAAUUUUCUUUUAAAAACAUAUUUGCUAUUCAUAAUUUGUAUGGUUUUAAAUUCUGAGUAUGGCGAUGAAGUUACUAUAGUUUUUAUAAGAUGUGUGUUUUUUCUCCGAGAAUUAUUUUUACAGUUCAUUCCUUUGGUCCAGUUUUGUUUUUUUUUUUUGCUAGAUAAAUUUAUUUACUAUACCUUUAUUAUAUUUACUAUAUUUAUUUUACCUUAAAAAAUGCGGAUUUUUAGCCCUAUGGGACUUUAUUUGAGAAAAUGGUCUAGAUUUCCACUAAAGUUUCCAUAUAAUUUAAAAACUAACAAUAAAUGUCAAUACAUAUGUUUUAUUUUGUCAAUUUCUGGAUUAUGCACAAGGGAAAGAAACACUACUAUAAAUCGUUUUUGGUUGCAUUCAGUAUAUACAUUUAAUUAUUCUAUAUCUUUUAAACUUCAAUUUACUUAAACGUUGAUAACACGGUCGAUAGAGGAUAACAGAUUGGUUAAAACUAAAUUUUGAUAUAAUGUAUUUAUUAGUGUCUAGUGAUGUUUGCUGUUAUCGGUACAUAAAUUUAUCAUUCACUAUAAUGAACUCCGUCGCAGCGUUGUCCGUGACAACCAAAUGUAUAUGUAAAUACAUAUAGGUUGGCAACCAUUGAAUUACUUUUUUCCCCUUUUGUAACUUUAUAGUUACAACUAAAAUAAAUCGAUAAAACAAAAGACUGUUACUGCUUAUGGGUGUUCACUGUUCACUGUUUUAGGACGGAAAUUAAAAGGGAGAAUAUAUUUAGUAAUUUAAUGUAUAUAUCUGUAUCCAAUUAUUACUGGUAAAAAACUAGUCUGAGCAGAGAUUAUUAAUCGCAUUUUCUCUUAUUGCCUAGAUAACCCAUAAAUCGAUAAAAAUUAUACAACAAAUUGUCAGUUUUUCCUAUUUAUCUAGAAAACUACAAAGUAAAUAAAACAAUUAUUCCCAAAUGCAUCACUUAGUAGACUAGUUAAAAAAUUCCAUAAUAAAGUUUUUGAUUGAAACAUGAUUUCUGACAGAACAUUUGUUGAUGGACACAUAACAAAAAACAUCAUAGGAAAACUAAUACAUUCGAUUCGCCGCUUCGCUCAGAAUCUAAAAAUUUAGGUCCAUCAUUUAUUACACGCACACACCAAAUACUUAUUUUUAUUAUACUGUACACAUAGCUGUCCAACACGGCGGCGUUGCUCGUGACAAAUUAAUUAAAUACACGUAAUUAAUAACAGUAUAAAUAAAUAAUAUUUUUUCUUCAUUCGUGUCUUCAAGGUAACUUCAAAAAAAAAAAAAAAAACCCGAAAUUUACGUAUUUUAAUGAUUAUGGAUUUAUGUGGAUGCAUCUUUUAGGGAUACAACGAUAAGUCAGUAAAACAGUGAGUAAGUGGAAUUUGCCUUUAUAAUAUAGAUAUCCGAUAUUUUAACGAAAAUAUUUCGUUUUAAGUUUAAAUGUCACUGUGAUGCAGAUGUAUUUUAGUGUAUACAAUUUAUAAGUACUUUAAGAAUAAAACGUGCCGUUAUAAUAUAAAUAUUCUUAAAAGACUUUAAAUAAGCGUUUAUUUUAUACAAAAGAUAAUAUCGUCCGUACUUAUAUAUAUAUAUAUAUAUAUAUAUAUAUAUAUAUAUAUAUGUUUAGUAUUAUUAAAGGGUGCUCUUCAAUUAACGUGCCCCGCGGAAGAAGAGCUUUAUAUUCUCGUGAUAUUGAGAUUAAUCUGCAUUGUCGUCUUGGAAAAUUCCACGGAGGCGUCUUAAUAAACAUUAUUUUAUACUAUAUUAUUAUAAUGCACAACGUGGCAUAAUUGCGGUACAUAAAUCGUCUUUUUUUUCCACAAAACUUUUUUUAUCGCGAAUUGUAAUUCAGUCCACGCCGGUAUACGUAUAUAAUAUGACUUAACGAGGUGGUAAUGUAUUCAAAAGAGGGAUAGUUUUAAACUGUUUUUUUUUUCUGCUUGUUCUUUUUCGCGGUCGUUGUCGUUAACGAAAUUAAGACGGAAACGGAAAAUAAGACAUAAUGAAGUAUAUAUAGUAGCGCGCGCGCGCCAACGAUGACGGAUUUAAAAAGUUUUUUUUCGCCUUCCGCGAAAAAACCGCGGUGUUUUUAUAUUCGUGUGGUUUUUUUCCGCUGGUCGGGUUUUUUUAAUUUUAUUUUUUCUUACUCCCGCAGACGUUCGCACUGAAAUGGACGAGGACGAGGAGAACGUGCAGGAUAACUCGAGAACGCGGGACAGGCGCACCGCCGCACACGCGCAAUACGUGUCCGUCAAUUGCGUGGUGUUCACCCACUACACCGGUGACGUCGCCUCCGUGGUGGACGAACACUUUUCCAGGGCGUUAAACAACGACCAGAAACUCAACAACGCGCACCAGACGUCAUCCAAAGGUGAGCGGGCCGUAACGAAUUUCGGUUUUACAUAAAUAAUUUUGAAAACGUUUCUUCUAUUAUGUAUAUUCAAAUGUAUUUACUGCAGAUCGACGACUAUAAUCGACAAAAUCAUAAACGUCAUGCCCCGGGGGGCUUGAGCGCCCUGUCGAAAUAUUUCUAGGGGUCAAAGCAUUCGUUAGACACUAGACCAGAUGAUUUUUAAUAUGGAUAUUAUACGUAUAAAUUAACUAAAUAUUUAAUUUUUUUUUAAAUUUAACUGAUAAAAAACUUUUAAAAUUUUUAUCAGCUAUCGUUACCACCAUAUAGACCUUAUACUCAUAGGCGGAGCGUGGCCUCAGUUCCCGCUAGUCAUCGAGAAGUGCGCUGGAUGCUCCGUCUACGAGUAUAACUGUGUGAACGUAAGCUUGAUGAUUUUCUGUGAGGGGGUUUAGCUCUAACAAAGUUCUUUACGUACAUGUAUACAUACUCAUUAUUCACGGGUGUAGUUACCUCCUUAUUUCCCUUAUAAAUAUUGGUAACAUAAAAAUAUAAUAUUUUAGAUUUUACAUUAUUAUCUCGUACUUUUUUAUAUUUCACUGAACUCAUUAAAAAGAAGCUCCUUCCAAUACUUAAAUUUUCUUUUUUAUCUACGAUGUAGAAAAAACCUUUGAAAUAUUUUAGACAAUUUUGGAAAUAAAAAUAUAAUGAGAAAAUCUUUUGAGGUUGUCACAAUAUGAUACUUCUAAAGAUAUUCUUAUAUAUUUUACUGUACAUAUAGAUAUUAUACUCGUAUAAUACCAUCGUAAUUAUAUCGAGUGGACUUUUUACUAAAAUAAUUACACACUCUUGUAAAUUUUUGGUGUUUAUUUUUCCCAUUCUCCUCAUCACUCUGUAUAUAUUAUUAUAAUUAUCAUAAUUUAAGUGUAUUUUAACCCCCCUCCUCUUUUACGCCCUCUCUUUGCGGACACCCUCCUACAGCAGCACUGCAUCGUCGCAAUCGAGAAACGACCUUAACUAAGAAUGCGUUUUCGCUCUGAACUGGAAGCGGGGUGGGGGACAAAACAAAAAACUCAACAUCUCUCACAGAUUGCGACGGUUUAUUUUUUUUUUUUACCUCGAAAAAUCGUUUUGUCUUUCUCACAUCAUCCCGCGUGGUGCGGUGCGGCUUGGUGCUAUAAAUGUAUACAUUAUAUUAUACACAACGCAUUAUUUAUUGUUUAUAUGUAUAAUGUACAUAAUAUAUAUAUAUAUAUAUAUAUAUAUAUAUAUAUAUACAUAAAAUUUAUAUUGACCGCGUGAGAAUUUAGCAUUAUUUUAAUAGGUUUUUAAUUAGUACAAGAAAACUCUUUCACUUGUAAAACACCUCCGGACAGGAAUGCGUCUUCCGUCGCGAAUCCGUGAAACUGGUUCUCCGACGACAAUCAUAUAAUACUCGUGCUCACGCGCCGCACACACUGCCAAAGAUCGCUCGAGCGCACGCCUGAGCCUAUAUGGAAUAACACACGCCGAACUCGCAAAUAUAAUUUUUUUUUUUUUUCUACAAUGUCACAUUACAACGUCAAGUUUCAGGGACACUAAUCGUUCGCGCACGAUAUUCAUAAUAUUACUGUCGAUCGUAUAUACUCGCAAAGAAUCUUGCACUUUAGUUUAAUAUGUAACUACGAUGUUCUAGUAUUAAAAGAGCGUAUCAACCAAUUCCUAAAUUAAAAAUUAAAUCUAAUCAAAUUAAUAUAAUACACUUGUUUAAUGUUAAUACCUUCUUUUUAAUUGUUGAUAUGUUUAGUAUAAAAAAAAAAUGAUGUCCAUCAAGUAUCGUUGGAGAUAUGUCGUUCUAUUACUAAAAACUACUUUAAAAGUUGAAUAUUAUAAGCUAAUAAUCAAAAUAUAAUUUUAGUUGAUACGUUCCUUUAAUACUACACUCUCGACUAUACGUGUUUAUAUCGCAGCGUAUAGAAUUUAUAGUAUAAAUAUAUAUAUUCCACUAUUUAGGCUAAACGACACGAUUUUUUUUAUUAAGACACGCGCAACACGUAAUAUUAUCUGUAUAGGUAUUACUCGAUAAUCGAUAUUACACCUAUACUUAUAUUACGUGUAUCAUGCCGAUUUUAAGAUAUCUACACCACACACGUGUGUAUAAUCACAAAAAAAAAAAAAUAAGAAUAAUAAUAAUUAAAAACCAAUAUGUUAUUGGGUUAAAUCGGUAUGCUAUGUAUGGUUUUUUGGUCGUGAUAUUUAAAAAUAAUUUGAGUUAUUUCAAGUUAAUAAAAAAAAAAAAUCUUUUUCAAGUUGAGUAAUAAUUUAAUAUGAUAAUUAAUAUACAAAUUAUCUAUUUAUUGAGAUGUGUAAUAAUCAUGUUUUCGUGAAACAUAAAUAAUAACCAAUAUUUUUAAUGAAUUAGUAUUUUGCAUUCAAUAUCUUGUUUUGUAUGGGGGGAGGAAGAUAUAAAACCCAUUUAAGGGAUACCAGUUUAUUUUGAAUAUGGUACACCUUGCGUAUGCCUAUAUAAUUUUGAUAAUAAAAUUUCGUAAUAUAUUUAAGUCAUGAUAUUUAAAGUUACUUUUUUAGUAUUUAAUAAUGACAACUAUAAUAACACAAUUCACAUUUUCCUAUGUGCAAAUUACUCUAUAUCUAAUAUUUUUACAAAUGUAUGUUUUAAUAUUUAAUGUUAUGUUAUUACUAAAAUAUUGUUAUAAUUUUAAAUUUGUUCGUAGGUAUUCGAACGUAGUAUAUUUUUUAGCAUAUAUUACAUAAAUAACUCGUUUUAACUAUAAAGUCAUUGAUAAUAUAAUGUGUAGUAUCGCCACGUCAACGCUAAAAUAAUUAUUGUUCACCGCAAUACCUAUACGAUUAAAUAUAUUAUUUGUUUAUCCGCGAUUGAUCAAACACAAAACCGAAGAAUUAAUGUGAUUAAAUUAACCUAGGGUCAACCUUAUACGAAAUCCUGUUAGAGAUAAAAUCGUGUGCUGUCUGUCGUCGUCGUAAAAUGAAAAUAUAAGUCGUAAAUCCGUUAAAAAAAAAAAAAAAUAAAAAACGUAGGUAUAAGAAAUAUUGGAAACAACACUAUGUACGUAUACUGAUUUAACGUUUAGAUUAUAACGACGUAUAUAAUAAUUAUUAUAAUUUCGUAGUUAAUAUUUUGGAUAGUAUCAACAAAAAAAAAAAAAAAAUGAAAUUAUUCGAAAUGAACAACAUACGUACAAAUAUUAUCACAAAUGCGGUUUAAACUUAUCUUACAAAAUAUUCUAUUACUGAUGUAAUAUAAUUCGAUUAGAUUAUGAAAAACCUUUUUUAAAAGAAAGCUGAUUUUGCUGAUGGCUGUGUCUCUGUUUUAGGAUGCCAGUUGAAAGAGAGGAUAUAUAAUUAUUUAAUUCAUAUUUUUACGCGGCGAUAAACCAUUUUUAACGAAAAACAAUUCUGAGUAGAUAACUCGUAUUUUUGCUCAGUCGCCAAGGUAACCCAGAAAUCAACAAAAAUUAUACAAUAAAUUGCCAGAUUUUCUUAUUUAUUUAGAAAAUAACAAAAAAAAAAAAAAAAUAAAUCAUCACUUCGAAGAGCCGAUUUGGUAAAAAAUGCUUCAAGAAAAUGUCUAUAAAGUUUUUGAUUUGGAGAAAAAUGUCUGAUAAAUAUGUUGUUUACAAUCACAAACACAAACACAAUAACAAAAAAAGUUGUUUAAUUUAUAUUUUUGAAAAAACAGUCAAUGUGUUUUUUGCAAAACCAGUGGUGUCCUCGUUUCACUCAGAAUCCAAAAUUAUAAUGAUUUGUUUCAGCGGAAAUAGUCGACAAUUUUUGUAUUUUAAAAAUCCACAAAUAAAGGUCAGACCAUCGUGAUAAUACUAUAUAAAACUAUCAUAUCUGCGUGCAGUGGCAGCUCGAAGUAUUUUUACCCUGAAUCACUGAUUUAAUUUUCCAUCCAUCUACCUCAUUAAAAAGUUACCUCCACUCUGUCACAAAUGUAUUGAAAUUUGUUAUCUUUCAAUAAAAUUCGUCAAAUUUAUCAAAUUUCCGUAGUCUAAAAUUCUUUUAAAUGACUUUUGUUUUGUAAAAACAUAAUAAUUUUUCUCAUAUUUCUGAACACCCAGAAACCCACCCGUUUUUCAAAUAUAACUCCUUCAAGCCGCCACUGUCAGACUGUCCGUGCACCUAUACUAACGCGUUUUAGAGAUCAUAAAAUUCAAAAUAUUUUAAGUAUACAUACAUAUAAUACAUAUUAAAGGUUAUUAGUUUAUUACUUAUUAAAUAUUAGGUACCUAUAUAUUAUGCACUCGUAUAUUAUAAUGUGCGGAUUAUCUUUUGAGAGCACGUCUAUAUUAAUAUUAUAGAAGUCUAGACACAUGUAAGCGUAAGAAAUUAUGGUGACGUGUCUAUUAUAAUUAUUAUUAUAAUAUUAUGUUCAUGCAAUAUUCAUAUUAUCUCGAUACGCAUGCAAGUUCAGUUUAAAUUUUUUUGAAAUAAUUAACUUUUGCAAAAAAACAAAACACGAAUAAAAUGACCUAUAUUAUAUGCGUUAGAUAUUUUUUUAUUAUUAUCUAACACAUAUGUUAGGUAUUUUUUUGUAAUAUUUAAAAAAUAAAAACCUUUUUAAUUAAUUAAUUCCGUUACUUAUACAUACAAAAAAAACUAUUUCAAUUAUAUUUUAAAAUUGCAUUAAAUAUUUCUAUUAUAGUUGCGUUUUUAUUCAAAAGCCGUAAACGUUUCGAGAAGAUUUUCUUGUAGUUUUCUUAACAAAUAUAAAAAUAUGGUAAUUUUAUAUAAAUUUUGUUGAUUCCUGAGUUAUCUUGGCAACAAGGAGAAACAAGAUUAAUAAUACUCUACUCAAAAUCGUUUUUUGUUAGUAACGAGUCAUCGUUCCAAACAGAUAAGGUUGGACUGGCCCAACGAGACACUAGAAAAUUUCUCGCUGGACAACCUAAAUGUGGCCACUAAACGAAGUUCGUAAAUUCGUAUGAAUUAUUAUUUUCCCAUUUAAUGGUUUUGAAUAGGUAUAUUAGGUAUUUUUCUCAUCGAUGUAACUGAAUUCUAGGAAAACUAUAAUUCAAUCCGCGGUCACACUAUGAUUAUAGUAGAGCGUGAUAUUCACUCUCGUAAUAGCAGCUCUCACGAAAGUAUCAUUGUAUAGGAACUCUAUUAUAGUUAUUGUCACGUUUUUAUUUUUACACUCCCAUACUAUCAUGAGUAUGAAUGCAUAAUAGUUGAUAGUAAAUGUGUGUGGUAGUGAUAGAACUUUCACUAUGCGACUUGUAUGAUAUCACAUUUGCUCUAUCAUGCAUAUGGUCAAUUUUUGUUUUCAUUUAUUUAAAUUUUGAUGUUAUAAUAAUUACCUAUAUAAGAAAAGUGAUAUAUUACAUAUUAUACAUUAUAAUAUAUUUUGGAAAUUUACUGUUAUAUAAACAGGUAGUGAUAGUGAUAGCAAACUAUUAUAUUCUUUCAAAAAGCUACUAUUAUGCUUUACUAUCAUCGUGCGACCGUGGCUUAACGAAAGACCAAGGCAAGCCGUAUCUGUAGUUUAUCUGUGUAUCUUAAUAUACAUUUUUAACUUUACAUUAUACACAUUUAUAUUUGUAUACGAUGCAGAUAUAAAUUAAAUUACUCAAUAUAAUGUGUCCUCCCUUCCAACUUCCAUUCUAAAACAGUGGCACACACACAUAUUAAUAGCAUAGGCUUUUUUUUAUUUGCAUAUAGGUAGGGAGAUAGUUGUUGAAAUAUAUUAUUUCGGAAGUAAAUUAAAUGAAAAUAUACUUUACAAAGUAAUAUAUAAUAUAUAUUAUACGUGAUAUUGCUUUGCGUUGCAUACAAUACAGAAUUUCUGUAAGUAAUUAGAGGAAUUCCGGCGAUAAAUUUUAGAAUAUGCGUGUGAGUGUAUAAUAUGUGUAAUGUGUACAAUAAUUAUAAAGUGUGUAAUAUGUACAACUUAUUCGAGUUAAAGAUACUCACCGUAUAUAUAAUUUGCACCACUGCUGUAAGUUUAUAAUGAAGUUUCUCGGAUACAAGCACACGCAUUUCGUUGGCAUUAGUAACAUAUUGUUAUAUUAUACUAUAGUGUGAAUAUGUGGAAAUGGAGUUUGCCGAAUGUUUUGCCUUCGAGAAACCUUUGCGACCGUAUUAUCAUUAGUAUAAUUUAUAUGAUAAGUUCACGAGAACGCCUGAACAAAAGUUUAAAUGCCACUGAUACACAUAUAUAGAGUCAAAAUAAUAUUAUUAUAUUACCAGCGGAGUGUGUGCAUAUAAAUGAAGAAGUUUGAAUACAAUAUAUUCAGAAAACCGCGAGAUAAUAUUAUUAUUUGAUGGUCGAUUUUCUGAUGGAAACUUAACAAUCAGUAUAUUCCUAAAUCCAUCUGAACCGAAACUAUCGAUGAUAUCGAUAAAACAUCGAACUACUCAGCAAAUUUGUGUGAUUUAGGAACACUUUUUUGUUACAGCUCAACUGGUGUUAGAAAGUAAAAUACAAAUUUUGGCGUGAACAAUUGUUAUCAAAUCCAUUGGUUCGUUUUAGUCCAACAGGAAAAUACCUGUUUACUGAUAACUCCCUCCAUAAAGUCCCCUCCAAUAAUCCGUUGGAGGAUUUUUCAGCAGUUGUUAUUAGGAACGAUAAAAUCCAACAGCUGACCAAUCCGAUGAAUUUAGAAACAUAUAAAAUAUCGAACAGAAUAGUUGCAAAUUUUAAAUUUCCAGAAACUUAGAUUUUAAAGUUUACUGUAUUCUCGUUUGUUCAAAUAUUUUCAAUCUAUGGAUUUUCGCUAGACUAUAGUGGGUACACGCCGAAAUGAACGCAUACUGCACUAAACAACAACAAAAAAAAGCCGACAUACUUCGCACCAUGGAUGGGCUGUUGUUGCAGUCGGAAAGUUGGAAAGAUAUAGAAUACAGUAAGAUGUAAUUUGCGAAAGAAAAACUAUUCUUAUUCGUAUAAUAUAUUUCGGCAGAAUUAAACGAAAAUUAAAAUCGAGUUGGGUAAAGAAUAAUAUAAAAUUCUAAGAUUUGUGUACGAUCAAUAUUCGCUCGUUCUCCGCUCGUUGAAAAUUUCCGGGUACGCCAACGUCCCGGACCCUUCAAUUAUUAUUGAAUACGGUAUUCUUGUCGCCGGCGCGGGCCGUACAAAAUUAUAUCGUGUGCGCGGCGUGUGUGUCGUCGGCAAAGCGGCGGCGAUCCGAAAAGAAGAUUUAUGUAAGUCGGGUGUUGGUUCGGCUCGGUUCUCCCGACCGGCCGUAGGUAAUACAAACGUGUCGUAUUCGGGCUUUCCCACGGGUCCACUGUUUCAGUUAUUUAUUUUUCUCCUCUUCGGAAGAGAGCUAUUGUUAUUGUCUUUUUACAGGUGUAGAAGAGCGAGUGCUGCACACGGCGAUGUGCGCGCGCUCGCGAUCAUCGCGGGCGCGUGUUUGUGUGUGUGUUUACGCGCGCGUGUGUGAUCGAGUAUAUUUGUAAAUUAUAUUGGACCUGACCAAACCAGUUAUACACACACACACACACACCCAAGUUUUAUUCGCUUCUUAAUUCCUCAUUGUUUUUUUUUUAUAUAUAUAUUGUGUUUAUAUAUUUUUUAACGUACGCACACACUCGCACGAGUAUAUAUAUUCGUUUGCACUUCUCCGAACGUCUUUUGUCCAAAUGCCGACUUCGAUCCGUAUCUCUACGUUUUAUCCACUACCACCACCACCACUACCACCACGACAGUGCAGCGUACCAGUUUAUUAUAUAUAUAUAUAUGUAUAUGUAUAGGUACUCCAAAUUCGAUUGGGAAACAAUAGAUUGGAUUGGCGGCAUCGGCUGCCGGUACAAAGUCACAAACGCACACGAAAACACAUAAUAUUAUUAUGAUGCACACGCGCCGGGCACCAAACUAAAAUAUAAUAUAAAAUACCGGCUCAGCUGGUUGAAAAUCUGAUGAUUUUCAACGAUAUCGAUCGAUGUCGUGUAACGAUAAUAUUAUGUUACGAUUUGUCGACUAAUUAUUAUCGUUUUGGUGUCUACAGCUAUAAGCUGACCACACAGUCUCCCUCCCCCCAAAAGAAAGUAUACUGUGGCCCCUCUAAUUAUCUGUAUUCUGUACCUCUAAACCAUUACCUAUACACCAAAAUUCUUAUUGAAAUGCAUACAUUUUAUAUACGUGGACCGCGAUCGUUUUAACCAGCGGUUCUCAAACUGUGGUACGCGUACCACUGGUGGUACGCGGUAGGCAACAUAGUGGUACCCAGAAAACCGCAUGGCGAUAAUGUUGAAAAUGGAUAAAUAAAUAUUUAAACUAACGUUUUUAAAUGAUUUAAUACUGUUUUAUGUAUAUUAAUCUUUGAAAUAAUUAAAUUGUAAUAAUUUACUGUCAUCGGUAUGGAAUAAUUUUAUUUUGGAAUUUUAAAUUGUUACACUUUUAGUCAUAAAGGUUCUCAAAUUUUGAGAACCUCUGGCUCUUUAAGCUUUUAACUAAUAAAAUAUGCAUAAUAUUUGAGAAAUACCACCUAAUUUUCCCAGGGGCCUUCAAAAUCGAUCUUUCGGCGUAUGCCUUGUAAAUAUUGUUUAAUAGGGGCUGUAAUUUGUUUAAUUUUUCGUCGCAUCUGAUUGUCUGGAUUCUUUAACAUGGUAUUUGGAUAAAUUUUUGACGACUUUUAUUUUUGAAAUUAUGUAAAAUCAAACGAACUGUUGUCUAAAACCGUAAAUUUCAAUAGCUUUUAGUACCGUACUACAGUUGGCGUUUAGAAAUCUGAAACGCGUAUACGUAUUAGUUGGUAGGCAAACUAAAAAUAUUCUGCAGCAGUAGCUACGCGUAUAAAACCGAUAAUAUGUUUUGUACGAUUCAUGUUUAUGCCUGUUUUCAACAAUUUAUACGACACGAGUUCAAUAAACUUGCAUUAUUAAACGUAUAUCGUGUAACAAUUGGUAAAGUAUGACGUAAACGGACGGAGGACAAUUUAUUAUUAUUAUUAUUGUUGCAAUUUUCGAUGAUAAAAAGCAAUACAUUUUUAACCACGUCGAUUAAUGAAAAUAGUUGGUUUUUCUAUAAUUAUUUGUUUUUAUCGCUGGCUAAUCGUUUUCUCUCUGGAAGUACCUAUACCUAGGCUAUACGACCUGAGCUGUAAGGUACCUACACGAAUCUUUUCUGCGAUUAAACGUUGACGCGGAACAGCACGUUCGGUAGUUUUUAAGUACGUGCGGAUAGAAAGCGAUUUACAAUUUGCGUUUUCAAACUGUUUAUUGCCGCGGCUAGAACGCGAUAUAAACGAUUAAUCACAGCUAGAAAUACAACUAUUCCGAUUUAUCGCUUUUACCGUUCGAACGUAUAUAUAAUAUACCUAUAUAAUUAUAUUGAAACCCACAAUCGCAAAUAUGUUUGAGAUGGAAUUUGGCAUCUGGGUGUUAAUAAUAAUAAUAUUAGAGCUAUUUAAUUUUCGGUGGAUUUAUAUAAGGUAUAAUAAUGCAAUAUAUAAUAAUAUUAUUAUCAAUUUAUUUUUAUUUUAAAUUCCACAAAACUAUAAUUAUUUGCCUUAUUUGUAACCCGGUCUUCAGAAGACAAAAUUAGAUUGUAUACUUAGAAUGCUUGUACCUAGUAAAAAUUGGACGACAUAUUUUCAAAAUAUUUAAAAUAUUUUAGUAGAUACAUCUAUAUAGCCGAUAGUUUCACUGAAAUAUUAAUUAUAGACGUGUUUCAUUGUUUCACGUGAUCACGAGUGCCUAUAAAUAAUAUAUUAUAAUGAUAUGCGAUAUUAAUUUCAGAUACUUCACCCAUGUCGUCUAGAAACUUCCCGGCAUCGUUCUGGAACAGCAAUUAUCACUCACAUCACUCCACUAGUCAAGUAUACCAUCCGGACACAAUGUACCAUCACCACGGUACCGCCGGUAACCCGGCAGAUCCAUGGCAAACGCACUAUCAACAAUAUACCGCAGCGGCCGCUCAUCACCAUCAUAGGUAAUAUUAUUAAACAAAGUAAAUUACAAUACAAUUUACUUUUAACAGAUAAUAAUAUUAUGGACAUUAUUAACGCUAUUAAAAAAUAAAACACUAGUUAUCUAUUUUAGAAAAAACUCGUUAACAUUUCCAAAGAAAAAAUAAUUGUAUUUAUUAUACAUUCAUAUAGUAAAAUUACUUGACUCUGGUUUUUGUAGGAUUGGUAUAACAAUAAUAUUUUAUAUAAUAACUAAUUGCAUGACCUAUAUUGUAAAAAUACGAGUGAGCAACAGAAUUCCAUCACUAGAGUCAAAUUUUCUUACACCCAAGCGCGUCUGUUGGGGGGGGGGCAGAAGGAACAUGUACCCUCAGAAUUUUCCGUGUCUAUUAUACAUUUAUACAUAAAAUAUUAGGUAUAAUUUUUAUUAAAUAUGUUGAAUAAAUAAAAUUGAUGAUCAUAGUGUUCGUUACUAACUUCUUGUUUUAUAAAUUUAAGAUAAUCACAGAAAUUAAUUUUAUUCAUCAACAUAUUAUUAUAUUAAUAUAAAUGAAAAAUAUCUCGGUGAUAUUAUCACCUAUUUAUCGUAUAUAUCGUGGAUUUUACCAAAGUUGUCAGGCCCGUGACCACGGUUGUGACCUAUUCAGUUUUAUCAGAGAUUAACUGGGUUAUGAUGCUUUGUAAAUAUAGAUAAAAAAUUCAAGAUUUAAAUUUAGUUUAAAAUAUUGUUAACGAAUUUUUAAAAAAUAAAUAUAAUUUACAGUUCUUGUUUUAAGAUUUAAACAAACUAAUAUAAACUUUAAUAUAGUCAAUUGUAUUAAUUAAAUAAUAAAGUACAAUAUUUAUGUUAUAUAUUUUUUUCUUUUUAUUAGAAAUUGACCUACCUACAUUACCAUCUACCUACUUCUUAGUUAUUUUAUAAAUAAUUAUAUAGUUAUGAAGAAUACCAUUGUAGGAAUACAGUCAUAUAAUAUAAUGCUAUGUACAUUUAUAUGCAGCAGUUAACAGGUUAAUAGGAAAGUCAAUAUUAUUGAAACAAUUCAGUGACCCCCCCCCCUCUGAAUUUUCGAAGAUGGACGCCCUAGCUCCUACCUAUUUCGUGUAACAGAUAUAUUCUGUUCAAAAUAAUAAAUAAAACUAUGCUAUACUACAAUCAAUUACUUCCAAAAAAAAAAAAAAAAUAGUGAAAUCUGAUCACUUCGCAUACUUUUCGAUGCUUCGCACGAUAGGUGGGCCACUGUUGCAGGUGAGAAGUUGGAAGUUGGUGUAGGAGAAAUUUAAUGUAUAUUUGUACUCAAUGAUUAACAAUUGCUAACGAAAACGAUUUUGAGCUGAGUUUGGUUAACAGUAUUGCUUUGCAACAAUAUAUAUGCCAUAAUAUGGUAAAAUUGUUGCAUAAUGUGCAUUAUAUUUUGUUUUUAAUAAUAUUUGUUAAAUAUUAUACUUAUUUCCUUAUUUAUUAUAAAAACUCCCGGGAAAAUUAGAAAAUUACCUCCCUAAAAUACCACUUAAAUAAAUUUCCUUUCAAAAAAAGUGCUGUAACUGAAAUUUGAAGGUAGAAAAGUUGUCCACAGAAAAAAAAAAUCAAAAUAAUAUAAACAUCAUUGUAAAACCAAUACAUUUCUCAAUCCGUUCAAAAUCUAAAAUAAUAGGGGUGGGGUUGAAAGUUGAAACUCUAAAGACAUAUCACUGAUAUACUAAUGUCAUACAUAUACAAAAUUUCAUCCCUUUGAUAAAUCCCCUCCAUUCACAACAACAUGGUUAAAUUCAUAUUAAAAUUCAACCCCACUUUAAUCAGCCUAUAAAACAAUUCUAGUUCACAAAUUUGAGCUUAUUUGAUGCUGAGGGAGCUGUUAAAAAUGUUAAAAUGUAGCAGCAAAAUUAUAUACAUUUGUAUAUAGCAAACAAAAUGCAGUGCAAUAAUCUAUUUUCGGGGAAAAUUCGACAAAAAAUAAGUAUUUAUAAUAACGACUACUCAUAGGGAAUGACGUAAUACGGAAAGAACAAAUUUCCCACAUAGGCGUAUAUAAUACGUACGUGUAACUUCGUCUUCGGGUUUUUUAUUUUUUUUCCUCGUGUAAAGAUAAAAUAGUGAAAUUCAAUAACUUAUAUACCUAUUACUAAUACAGCGAUUAUUCGAAAAAAACAUUAUCACAAUGAUUGAAAUUGUAUAAAAAUAAUAAGAUAGUAAAAUAAUAUAAUAGAAAUAAAAUAAUAAUAUUCUUAAUAAGAAAAAAACAUUGGGCAUUAUUGAUCGGGUACCUAUAUUUUUAGCUGAUCUCGAAAAAAAUAAAAUUAUACAGGGUGUCCCGAAGAAAUCUGACAAAUGCGAUAAUUUUUUAACUGUUAAAUUAUUUUUAAGUUUUUCUUUUUUAGCCAUUAGUUUUCUACCAUUUUUUGAAGUUUCUCAUAAAUUAAAUUGCUUUCAUUACCUUAGUAUAGUGCAGUUAUAAAUAAUUUUAAUAAUUUCAAUACCUAUUUUUCCAGGAAAAAAAUGUUGUCAAUGAUUUUGAUUAUUCGAAAACUAUCAAACAUAAACUAUGGAAUUGUUCGAAUAGUACCUAUUGAUUAUAUAACAAAUAGUUUAUCGAAUACCGAAUAAUUUGGAUUAACCAUCGUUCGGUUUACUAAUAGUUUAGUCGUCAACGACUAUCGAAUAGUUUGUUAGUGUCUAUCACUAAUUAUAAGUUAUAACCAUAACCUAUGGUUUAUGGUUAUUACCUAUGUAUACUUACCUACGUAUUUAUGCGUACAGCACAUAUUACAGCUUUGAAAAAUUAAUCUUGUAUUAAAAAUAAUUUCCAUGAUGUCAGUUGGCGGCCCUGGCAUAAUUGAUAAAUUUUAGUGCCUACGUAUAGGAAUUAUUAUCCGUCUACUAUAUUAUUUUUGGUCUAAAACGGCAUCCGCGCUACAUAUAGCUACUCUCGAUUUGGACAUUCAUUCUGUUGUUCUUUCGAAUCUCAAAAUCGCUUCUCUAGUUAAAUAAUAUUGAAGUGAUAUUUAUAUACACAACACGCAUUACACAUACUAAAAAAUAUGGACAUAUUUCGCACAAUGAGUGGGCCACUGUUAUAGGUGAGAAGUUGAGAAGGUAUAAUAUAGAGAGAAAUUUAAUGUAUAUCUGUACGCAAUGAUUAAUCUUUUCUAAUGAAAAACGAUUCUGAGCGGAGUUCGGUUAUGCAUGUUUAAAAGGCCGUAAUAUUUACGAUUUUCGUCAAAAUUCAAUAUUGAAAUUUUUAUAAAAAAACAAAAUAUUACAUUAAACUCAACUUUUUCUUAUUGAUCACUAAGUACAACUUAUAAUGAACUUCCUGUUAAAUUUCCAAAUAUUUAUUUUUAGUCCAAUAAUUUUAUUCUCAGAGUACCUACCAAAUAAAUUUUACGCAUAAAACUCGCAAAAUUAAAAUUUCUGAUAGCCUAAAAUGACUUAAAUGUUUUGAGUCAUUUUUUUAUCAUGUCUAUAAAAGGAAAAUAUAAAAUGUCUAUCAAAAUUUCAAGUCUCUACGAAUAUUUUAUCACUGAAUUACAAUAAAGAAAAAAAAAAUGAAAAUAAUAAAAGUAUUAUCUUCGUAAAUUUUCCCUUUUUCCCAAUUAUUACUAAAUCGUUUUGAAAAUCAAGAAAAGGCCUCAUAAAUGUACCGCCCCAGGAGAAUUCCCUCUCAGACUUGAUAUAUUGGAGUAAGAUUUAUGGUAGAAUUUGUGUACACAGUAAAAAGAAAAAAAAAAUAAUAAUAAUACCUAGUAAACGUCUUUGUAAAAUCAAUACAUUCUUCGUUACACUCAGAAUCUAAAAUAUACAUUUCCAACUAGAGGAAUAAUUCAGUAUUUUUUCGGCUAAUUUCGAUACAAUUUGUUUCCCAGUCGUAAACCGAAAGAAUACUAUAAAAUAUUUAAUAAAUGUUAAAUUCGGGUGUUUUAUAAUGAAUGAAAAACACAAAUUAUAUGUACAUGUUUUAGACCGAACCGCGCUUUCCAAAAUCAAAGAAAAAUAUCCAGAAUGUGACUUAGUCUUCUACAAAGAGAAAAUAAUUAGUUGUUGUAUGUAACUGUCACAUCAUUUCACAAUUCAUUGUACUUACUAUUAUUACAGACUAUAAUAUUAUUAUUUUUUUAAUUUGAUUAUGAUAUAUUAAUUUUGUAUUAAAAGUUUAAUGUUUCUGAAUUAAAUUGGAAUAAAUUCGAUCAUUGUUACCAGGUCUAAAAAUGUUUAGGACCUAAAUAUUUAAAUAUAUAGUGUAUUAAAUUGUAUGUAUAGCCGCGUAGCUAAGAAAUGAGGUUUUUAAUUUACUACCCUCUCGUAAAUUUUCGAAACAGAGGUAAUCACGAUGACUCAUAUUUGCUAUAUUUUUUUCUUGUGGAUUUAUGUAUAAAAAAUAAUUUAGGUGGGUAAGUUUAUUAAGCCCUUCAGAUACCUCGACAGGAGUAAGGUGAAGUAAUUGUCCAUUUCCUCUUUUGGAUUUGAAUUAACAAAUCAAUGUAGGUAUACUGAAUUUAUAGUGAAAUCAAGGAUGCCGAAACGUUGACAUUAUUGAUUUUUGUAAUUAUAUUUUUUAACGUUUUCGACUUAUUAAUAAUGACGUGUACUCUCGCUCCCUCUCGAUAAUAUGUUUCCGUUUGUCCAGGUCACGUAUUUUUGUGUAUAUUCAGGUAAAAAUUAUAUUAUUAUACUAACAUUCGUGGUGCUUUUAUCGCAGGGCCGUACACGAAUACCAUCACCACCACAACAUGGCCGCUCAGUACGGCAGCCUGCUGUUACCGCCGCCGACUUCGAGACUGGCGCCGCCGCCGCCACCGCCACCGCCGCCCUCUAGUCACCCACACUCGCACCAGUAUCACGGUAAAGGCGGCAUGGAUCCGUGGCCCAACAGCGCCCAUCAUCCGGCCCUGGACACGGGCACGUCUUACUCGUCAUACCCCACUGUUCCAGGUAACACACAGCAUUUAUUUUACUAACAUUGUACUAUACCUAUAGUUGGUUUAUGCACUAAAAUAAUUUGCGCCCUCACCUUAUUUUUCCGUGGAUUUCAGUGACUGAACCAAAUUUUUAAGUCUGCAAUUAGCUGAGUUACAGCAAUGGUUGCAAUUUAAUGACUUCACAUAGUUAUAACUCGGCUAAUUAUCGAUUUAACAACUACAAUUCAUGAAAAAAUACGAAAAAAAUAAGUAUCUGUGAUCAAAAUAGGAGUUUUCUAAAAAAAAAAACUAAAAGUCGUUAUGCGCAUCAUGCACUAUAUGGAGUGACAUAAAAAUAGUUUAAUUAUUGUAACUAGUGCAUGUAAUUAUUGAGUUUGUAAUAUACAAAAAAUAAAAUAAAAAAAUAUAGAAUUCAAAUAUAAUAUUUAAUCUGCACAAGUAUUUCCAAACUAGCAAUUAUAUACUAUAUUUGAUAUAUAAUGUAUAAGUCACCUUUAUUAUAAUACGAUUAUUUAUUAUUCUAAAAAUGUCUUUGAAAAUAAAUAAAACUUUUCCCCUGAGAUCCCCACGGACUUUUUCAGUGUACGACAAUACCAACUGAAUAAUAACACCUAAUAUAUAAGUGACAAAACUAAAAAAAAAAAAAAAUCUGAUCUCUAUAGAUGAGUUAACAUUGCAGUAAAAAGAUAACUUAUUAUUAUUACUUCCAACUCCCGCAUUAUAUUUAUAUAAAACAGUGUCAUCGUGCUCUGUUAUCAAAUUAUCGGUAAUAUGGUAUUUACUAUUUAAAGUUGAAAAUCGGUAAUUAGUAUACGCACAUUCAGUAAAUUAACUUAAAAAAUGAAAUACUUUUUAAGUUGUGUCACUGCAGUAGUAUUAUAUUUUUAGAAAUUAUUAAAUCAUCGUCAAAUAUCGUCGGCCCAACUAUCGUGUUUGUUUUUGAAUUUUGAUUCGUUGUAGUUGUUACAUGUGGAAAAUAAUCGAUUUAAUUUCUAUCCACGUCAAUCCAAUAUAAUUUAUUAGUCCUUUAUUAAAUUAAUUAAAAAAAAAAAAAAGAAAAAGAAAAAAGAAUACGUAUAAUGUAUAAUAAUUCAUUAGGUAUUCGAACUCCCACCGCAGCAACGGGUUUAACUAUACGUCUCGAAAGAACAAAAACGUAAUUACCAACCAACCAUACAAAUAUAAUACACUUAAUAAUAAUAAUAAUUAAUGUUUUAUUAUAUGAAAAACCGCAUCCGUUAAAUGCCUCACAAAUUUAUACUAUAGUAAUAUUUUAUUCAUAUGUGUAUAUAUAGCGUGUAUACUGUAUAUACGUCAUCACAUCGCCGACAAUGAAAACUGCAAUUUUUUUUUCUCAUUUGAAAAACCUCGCAGGUGUUAAAAUCUAUACGUACACUCUACAAAUAAAUAUAUUAUAUAUUAUUUACACACAACGAGCACCGCACUAUACAAAAGAAUUGGUCGGAAUCAUCGUGUUUGUAUCUAUUUGCACGCGCGUAUACAUACAGAGUGUUUCUUUUUAUUAAGAUAUCAGUAUAAUAUUUAUCGAUAUCAGAUUAUCAGCGAUAUAAUACAUCUAUCUAUUUUUCGUAUAAUAAAUAUAUGUACGAUAUUUUCAAAAUAUUACCUAUACCCAUAUUUCUUAUGCCCAGGAAGGGUUUUGUAUAUUUUAUAUUUAUGUUCAUAUGUAAGACAACCCUCGAAAUAAAUUUAUUUUCGAAAAUCUAACGUAAAGACCAUAACUAUUGUAAUAUAUAUAUAUAUAUAUAUAUAUAUAUAUAUAUAAAUAUUUAUAUUGACUCUUCUUGCAUUAAAUCAAAGAUUAUAAUAAAUAUAAUAUAAUAUUUUUUUAAAUUUUCAAAUUUAUCGUUUAAAAUUAUUAUUGUCAUUCAAAAUCUUCGCUGGCUUGUGUGAAUCACCUAGUGCCGUAUGUAGGAGAGCGCGAAAGAUCCAUCCCCUCGAUCCGUGUUUGUUGUAUACAACAACAAAAUAAUACUUAUACCGUAACGUUUUAUGUUAUGUAUUUUAUGACUGGUCGAAAUAGCACCUAUUUAAUUUGUUUUUGACUUAGAUGUGUAUUGUAUUUAAAAGUAUGCAUUUCACCGGAUCAAAAAAAGCUAUCUAGGAUUUUUGCGCUGGUUCUGGACAGCGUUUUUUAUAUUAUUAUAGGUACAUCGAGAUGGCACUUUUUGACUUUCUGCAUCUUUCUAAAAAUGUUGCUAGUAUAUUAUCGACGCGUAGAGUAAAAAAACUGAAUUCGGGAGAGAAAAAAUAGCACGGGGGGCGUCCACGAUUCGGUGUUUUAUCCAUAGUGCCCGCCCCCCACUCAUUUAUGACUACGGUACAUGAAUCGCCCUGUGUAUAUAUAUCUAAUCGUAAAAUAUUAUAUUUAUGUUUGCGAUGACGGACGUUAUCGCUUCCCAGAGUGAUUAUAAUAAUAAUUUAUUAUAUUAUACAGAAACGUCUGUGGCGAACGGCGACGACGGCGAGGGAAAAUGUCGGCAUAUUAAAAAAAAAAUUUCGAAAACGCGGUUUCGUAAACUGCAAUAAUAAUAUAAACGGACCGUCAUCGCCGUAUAACGCGUGUACCUAAAAAUUGCAAUUUGAGAAUCCGUAUCGUCGUCGUGUUAUAUUAUAUAGACGCGCACAGAAGGCCGCCGCGGCCACGUGUAUAUGCAUGUAUAAUAAUAAUAAUAAUAAUAAUAUAAACAGACACAAUGGACGAUAAUUUAGCAAUUGCCUUGGUUUCGCAGUUCUUUAUUAUUAUUAUUAUUUUUUUUAAACCGGAGAACCGACGCGAAACGAAUAAUGAUAGAGUAUGUGUGCGCGCAGUGCGUGUAUAUGUAUAGUAUAGACGUUUGUAUAUAUAAUAAUAAUAUAUAAUAUAUAUGUGUGUGUGUGUGUUUAUGUAUGACGAUAGAGAAAAAAAACGAGUCGGCUCAUGGACUUCGGGUCACGUGACCGACUGCAUUUCUGUUGCUGACGACCGAUUUGAAACUGCCAAGCACGUCAUCAUAUCGUCCAUAUAAAGUUAAUUGAACUAAAGACCUACAUCGCGGCCGCCAUCUCUCUAGACGUCGUCGUCGUUCAAUAAUAAUAAUAAUAAUAAUAAUAAUCAUCUCAUUUUGAUAAACACGCGGUACCGCGUCGUGUUGUUUCGCGAUCGUAUUAAGUGCAACGCGCUCGAAUCGUUUCGAUGUGACGAUGUCUACAGUAUGAUAUAUACACGUGUAUACAUACGCAAAGCCCGCGAUUUACGAAAUGUUUGCUGGCACACGUAUUUUCGAUAUAGAUUACUGCUGCGGGCGCGAAAAUAUUCGCUCGGGGGGGGGAGGGGGAAACAAUCGGACCGUUGUCGAAUUCGCGGUCGACGCAUCGCGUUGAUAUUUAUAUUAUACGCAGUAUUAAGGCGGUGAAAAGCGAUUCGUUUUUUUUUUCCCAUGCAUAUAUUAUACGCGUGGACCUGCAAUAAACUACGAUAGUUAAACAAAGGCGAUAAACUUUCAACAGACCAAUUUUCCGGUUUGAACAAUUAUUCGACUGCUUGUGUACGUUUCUUUUUUGCGACGGUAUUUUAUGAGAAAAAUAUUUUCAUAUUUUCAUACUUUUACGCCGUUUUAGUUUAUUUCAAAAAGAUAAACUCGCCAUAGGUACGUUAACUAAAUAAAAUAAUGCACAAAUAAUGCUUCCUACAUAUAGUGACGAGAGAUCGAAGAAUUCAAACAUGAUUACGAAAUCAAAAUCGGGCAAGCAGGGGAGUGGAUGAAUUAUUGGUCUAGAAUUCUGGACCGUCAUAUUUGGCGGUAAAAAUGACCGCGACCCUCUUCUUAAAUGGGUAUCGGACAUCAGACACGUAGAAAAGUCUUAUCGUUAAGGUGGUCAUUAAAAGGUAAAAUAUUAUUUUCAAAUUUUGCAAAAUUGGAAAUCAUCUGUAAAACCGUUUCCGACCCGCUCAAACGUUGUUUUUAUACAAAUAUCGAUAGCUAAUUAUUGAAAUAUUUAUUUCCUAUAAGCUACGUUUGAACAUGUUUGAACCAAUUAUAUUUCACGUUCAACACGUCAUAUCGGUACUCCGUUAGAUCAUAUCGCUAUUCAAUGAAAUACUGAGUUGGAUUAUUAGCGAUUUUCAGUCGCCAAAAACUGCAAUUGACAUACCGAUAUUUAAUUGCUGCACGCGUGUUCUAGGAAGUCUUUUUCCUUAUUUUGACUACAUUGAAUUGAUAAUAAGUACAUAAUAUAUUAAUGUAAUAUAUAUGUACGUACACAUGUCUAUACCGUAGACCUAAAGAUAUUUGUUCCGAGAUUCUUUAAUAAGUGCAAUUAUUUAUUAUUAUUUUAUAAAUUACAUAGAUAUUCAACAUUAUAAAUAAGUGAACUAAUUAGUUAAUUAAUAGCAUCAUAUUCUUUAUAUGUUAUGAUAACGGUAUCGUCUUUGGAUCGCUAUUAAUUAAAAACGAAACGUCUUUACGGAUAUAAUUGAUUAUCGAUUUAUAAACUUAAAACAUUUUUUUUUUUUUUUAGCGUACGGUUGUAAAAUGUUUACGAUUCCGAAUAGAUAGAUGCUUUUUCUUAUAAAAGCCGGUAGAAUUAAAUACUUGUAUAGAAAUGUCUUUUUCUUUCCGCGAUAUUUUUAAUGCUGUAAUUUUUCUGAUGCAAUACGAUUUGCAAAUAAUUAAUUGUUUUUUUUUUCAAUUUUGAUUUUAUCACGCGUGCUUAUUUUUGUUAAAAUUUGUUAUUUUUUUUGUAUAAACAACUUUUCUACCAGAAAUCUUGUUCCAAUUUUCGAACGCAAGUUAGAACUUCUAAACAUAAUUUUCGAAAUUUUCUAAUUUUCGAACGCAGAACUUCUAAACAUAUUGGAAAAACAGAGAAAUUUACGAAUUUACGGUUUUAUUAUUUUCGAUAUUGUCUUUUAUUAUUAUUAUUAUUAUUAUUAUCGCUUUUAUUUAUUCAUCAAAUACUAUAAAGUGUAAUAUGGUACAUUUUUGUAUAGUGUUAAUCGUUUGAAAUGUUGGAUAAUAUGAAUUCCUCUUUAAAAUAUUCAACCGAGUUAAAAUAAUAUCUUUUUUUUUUUUUUUUUUUUUUUUUUUUUAUUAUCGUGUUGUCGUUCAUUGUUACUGCGCUCCGGAAACGCAUUAUUAUUGCAGUUUACGCGAAACCGUAGGUAAUUCAGCUCUAGUGUAAUUAAUUAACAUAACUCGGUUGUCUCGAAUGUCAGACGAACCGCUGGGGGAGGAAAAUUAACCACAAACUUUAAUAUAGCCUUUCGGCAACCCGCAACCAAAUAAAUAAGUUAAGUUUAAUAAUAUAAAGACGCAUAAUUAAUGUUAUUCGUAUAAACAUAAUAAUAUAGUGAAAAUGUUUUUUUUUUUUUUUUUAAUCGUACUCGUAUUUGGUGUUGUGAAUUUACAGCAAUAUAUUCCAAUAAAACUUCCUUUAUCGCAUACCGAAACGGUGUGAACAUUAAGUCUAUAUAACAAAUAUCACGUUUAAGACCGCAUAACAUAAUAAGCCAAUUUUCUCUCACGUUAGAGAUUCGAUGAACAUUUUAUGGCAGUUUUCCUGACAUUUUCUUUCGUAUAAUAUGCAUAAAUAUGACUAUCUAUAUUCUACAUGAUGGCGUUGUUUCGUCAGUCGUAUUAGUAUGUACCAUAAUAAUUGAUGUGUGUCGUAAAUUAUUUUUUUUACAGUACUUAUACUGCACAAGGUGUUUUUAUAAUCAUGCUCAUCUCAUUUUCAUCGUUAAAUUAAGCGUAUAUUCAAAUUUUGAUUUUUGGAAUUUUUAAAUGUGUUUAUAGUUAAAGACGGUGUGCGAAUAUUUAAAUUGUUCAUGACAAUUAAAAUCCUGUGGAAAUACCAAAUUUAGUUUUUUAAAAUAAAAACCGACACAUUUUAAUGCAAUUAUGAAUCAGAAAAAGUUGAUGUUUUUUAAUUGAAAUUUGAACGAAAAGUUUCUGAGUUAUUUUGCUUUAAAUAACUGAGGAUACAAAUGAUAUUAUUUACUUUUGUUUUGAAAAUUACUUAUGAGUGUAUUAAUCCAUAAUAGCAUUUUGUAAUAUUAAAAAAAUGUCUAAGUAUAUACUUAACUAAGUAGUAAUUGUUAACAAUUAUUUUAUAUUUGCAUACCUAAUUAUAAUUACCAAACUCAUCGUGUCCAUUUAAUAUGUAUUUAUAAUAGACUAUUAUCUUUAGUAUUUAAAGUAGAAUAACUCAAAUACUUUUCGUUCAAAUUUCCUAUACAAUACGUCAACAUUUUCAGAAAUAUCAUCUGAUUCACAAUUAAAAUAAAAAUAUGUAGGUUUUCGUUUAAAAAACAAAGUUGGUAUACUUAUUAAAUGUUGUGAAAAAUCUAUGUAUUCGAAAAUAUCGUCUUUAACUUUAACUCCGAAAUUUCAAAAAUCAGAAUUUAAAUAAAUUAUGCAUAAUUUAAAAAUAUAAAAUUAAGUAAUUAUGCUUAAAAAUCACUCUGUAUAUUGUUACUAAAUAAUAUUUGUCCACGACAUUAGACGUUAUUUCAACAUGAUGUAUAAUGUUAAUGGCGUGAAUUGGCGAGAGAUUUUUUUUUUUUAACAAAAACUGUUGACCGGCAAGCGCAUAAGUUAUACAAACGCAAAUCGAUCGUUUUAUACGUAUAUGCGACAGACGAAUCGAUGGCAUAGUAUCAUGAUGGAAUAUAUAUUAUGUUGGUAAUCGUCCUGUAUAGUUUUUAUUAUUAUUAUUUUUUUUUUACGCACGAGACGCCCGAUAAACUGUUCGUCGUAUCCCUUUAGACGCGACGGUUAAACGCACGGAAAAUGAUCGUUUUCUGCGGUUUUCUUCGCGACUUUCGUCCAGUUUUCUUUUGUCGCGACGUGGACUUCCGGUGUCUCCCAUAUUAUUAUAUUAUUACAAUACCGACGCGUAUCCUAUUUACGCGAGCUAUUCGCGGGAGAGCAGGCAACGUAAAUACUCGGAAGCGCGUCGGGUCGCGUGACCGUCGGAUUUAAGGACCCCGGGACUCGAUGCGUAUAAACCGCCUCCGCGGGCAUCGCGCCGUCACACGCACACGGGAACCGGAGAGCGUAUCGAUCAGCGGCAGCAGCUCUCGAGGGGUACAUACCACACGGGCGGCGAGCCGCGCCGUGUCAUUGGUCCGGAAUGACCACACCUACACGGUCGGGCGACGUUACCACGGCAACCGCGGUCAUAAAUAUAAAUGCCGAAAUGAUGUUGUGAUGUGCACGCGCACGCACGUUUUUCCGCGCGUAUAUAGCGUGUGUAUUUAUUAUUAUUAUUAUUAUUAUCAUUACUGUUAUUACGUCGCCGUCGUCGUCAUCGUGCGUGCACCUACCCGUGCAAACGUAAUAAUAUAUUACGCGACUGCCCCGCCGCCGUCCCGUCCGAGCGCGCGGCCGGCCGUACGUAUACGGUACAGUAAUAACGUUUACUAAUUAUUGCGCGCUCUCCACCCGCCACAUUUCCACCCCGCGCGUACCUGCUUCCCGCCGCGGCGGUUGCCCUUCUCGGGAAACCCACCGCGCGGCCGGUAUUCGAAAUUAAUCAAUUUCCGCCGGUCGUUUGCGUGCACGCUGUACAAUAUUACAAUACGCUGUACACGAAUAUUAUUAAUAUAAUAUAUUGUACGAUACAAUUUUCAGCGCACAAAGUAAAGGCGUACGCGAACCGCAGCGAUGCGAUUCGGAGAGAAAUCGCCCGGUUUAAGGGGAAUUUGUUCCUUAAAACCGCGCGACGGCAAUGAGUGACGAAAACGAAAAAACAGAACGAAUAAGGAAGUUGUAGACAAAUUGUUCUAAAAUAUUAUGUAGCGUAUAAUAUUAAUUCGCAAUAUUAUUCGUUUGAAAAAACAUUUUGUUCUUAUAAAGUUUGCUGAAAUACCCGAUAUUUCCCGGGAUCGGUCUUUUUAAAAACGGAAAUCGACGAAAGAAAUACGUCCGUAAACUUAGUGACAGAAUUGAAUUGAAUUCAUUCAGUUAAACCUAUCCAACAAUUUUGUCGGUCAUUAUUGGAAAAUUUUUAUAAUUUGUUGAACGAAUGUUGAAGAAAUUCAAUUUAACAUGCGUCCUUUCCAUUUCAUACCGUAUCCCCCUAUAUCACAGUUAAUUGUUGUUGCCCGGUAAUUUUUGUUUUCUAAAAAGAGGUUACUCCAAAUUAAAUAAUAUUAUAUAAAAAUCAAAGAAAAUCAUAAUUCAAUUUUCGUUCCAAAAACACCAAAAACCUUGUAUCAGCUACCCUUUUGGGGUUGAAUUUCAUCAACAUCAGCGAUUUGCGAUGUUUGAUCAAAAUCAAAAUAAAAAAAAGAGCUGAAACUGGAUAUGGGAGCGGUUACUGUUAUAGAUGAGAAGUUGGGAAGGUAGGAUACAUAAGGUUAUUUCAUUUAUAUCUGUAAGGUAACGAUAAACCAUUGCUUGACGAAAGACGAUUCCGAGCGCAGUUCGGCAAUACAUAAUUUGAAGUGACGUAAUUUUUUUUGCGAUUUUUGUUAACAUUUUUAUUUCAAAACGCUUAUUAAAAAAAAAAAAAAAAUCGUCCGAUGAUUGUGGAAAUUUUACCACGUCUUGGUAAGUCCAAUAUAAGUAUUAUUACCAAGUUUCAAGUCUGCGUGUAUUUAUAACCGAACAAAAACUCCCAAAAGUUUAAAUUCCUUAAAAGCUUGAAAGUGGCUAAAAAGUUCAAAACGUCAUUCGUGUUUUUAUAAAAUAAUAAAAACGAGAAAUUGUACGUUUUCCUACGUUUUUUACCACUUCAGUGCUUUUAUUUAAAAAAUGGCAUCGAAAAUCAAAAAAUGAUCUGUUUAAAGUACAAUUUAGGCAACUUGAGUUUUCAAAAAAGUUGCUACGCUUAUACAUCGGAGCAAGUUUACUAGGAAAAAACUUGUCCAUGGACUAGAACAAAGAAAGAAAGAAAAAAAAGAAAUAAACAGCAAUGUAAAACCAAUAGCUCCCUCCUCGCUACGUUCGAAAUCUAAAAUGUAUAAAUUAGUUUUACGGACAGACUGACAUGUAUACGGUCUUAUGUCAAAUCAAUUUACAAACUUGUUUCGCGCGGUUUCUUGCCAUCGGUAUACAUUCGAUAUCGCAUCGAUGGUCGGUUGUCUGUUGGACCAUUAAGUUUUAUUUUGGCACGUUUCAGCAUUAUUAUAUGUACAGGAGAGAAACAUUAUAACAUUUAUUUUCGUUUCGCUAUAAUUAUGAUUUAUUAUUAUUAUUGCGGCGAAUAGUAGAAAAUUCGACAUUUUUUGUAGGGCAGUUGAUGGGUGGGCGGUAGAUAGGCAGGCGAGUAAUACUCCGUCAUAUUCCUCUAAAAAACGUGAAAUACGGAUCGACGUCAUUGCCGCAGGCCGCGGAUAUUUCUAGUACACGCAUGUAUACGAAUCAUACAUAUGAAAAUGAUACGAUAAUUAUCGGCUUUAACUACAAAAUAUCGCGCGUCGCGGUUUUGUUUUUAUAAUAACAAUAAUAUCUAUGAUAUUUUUUUUUUUUUUUUUAUCAAAAUGAAAGAAUUCCGAUGCAUUUUUACUCGGAUGGAGAUUUUUUUUUUUUUUUUCAUUAUUAAUUUCGUUGCUGCAUAUUGUUGUUUGUGUAACAAUAAUAAUAUAGAAGUUACAUUGUGUACAAGUUGUUUUUUUUUUCGGACGCGCAAAAUGAUUACUCCAUUAUAACAUCGUGUAUAUAUAUAUAUAUAUAUUAAAUUAUUAUAUACACUCUCGCGGGAAAAGCAGCUGCAGCAGUGCGAAGGGGAUGAAGACGCGGGCGCGGCGAAGUUUUUUCUCGUUUGCCCACCCCGUGUCUCACCGUUUCCGAGAACCGUCCCCCCGCACGCCCCAAAAAGCCACUCCGCACACCCGCCCGCCCCAUCAACCGCCCCGCCCGACCCGCCGGUCGGGGCGGCAGAGUCUUCUCCGCCGCGCGCCGCAGGCGGGAACCGUUGCCGCGCCGCGUAUAAACCCGCCGCGCGGAAUGAACGGCUUUGAAUUCUUCUCAUAACUUAACCUCGCUCUUCCGUUUUAAUAAAACCCUUCGCCGCCGACACUAUCCGCCGCGCGACCCCGCCGCCACUACGCCGUACGCCGCCGCCCGGGUGUAAUAUGUAUACGCGCAUAUUAUUUAACUUCCUUCCACCGGCCCACCUCCCCUACCGCCUUCCCCCCCCACCCCCCGGUCACCGAUGAUGCAGUGUAUAUAUAGCGUAAUCGUCGCAUCAUUCUGCGAGUUACUCGCGUCUCUCUCUCGUCGAGGACUCUCGCAGAGAUCCGUGAAUAACACGCUCGCGCGAAACGUGUACUGCCGUAAGUACACUCGUAUACAUAAUGCAUUAAUACUUGCGCUCGAAAUUAUAAUAUUCUCCUCGGAAAACGGAAAACGAUACGCGAAUCGGUCGCCAGUGGUGGAAUACGAACCUAAAAUAACCCAGCAGCGACCUAUUUAAUCUACCGUCCGCAAUACCCACACGCCAAUGUUCCUGAUAUAUUUCAAUACCUUCAAUGGGUUUUAUUAAAUUAGUGUAAAUAUUAUUUAAUAAUUUCGUAUUGAGCACACACCUACUUCUAAAUCGUGAAAAAACAUUCGUGAAGAAUCGGUCGGAUUCUCAAAGAUCGUAUAACUGCUAACGAGCCUUGAGCCGUGAAAUUGAUUAGAGAAAACUAUAUCUGACGUACCGACUACAUUUAAUAUGUAAUUAAAUUAUUCCCCGUAUACAUUUUAGGGUAUUUUCGAUCAGGGUGGCUAACCUCCCAUCUUCAACCCUAUUCAGUCUACUUCCUUCAUUGGCCUUGUUCAAAUACAAAACAUGGCUGAUAUACUGCUAAUGGGUGUGCUUUAGGAGGAAAGUUGGAAGGGAAAUAUACACGGAGUACAAUAUUUUUAGAUUCAGAGUUAAGCAAGGGAUCUAUUAAUGUGAUUUUUUUCUGUCUGUAAAAACUUUUGAAUAGAAAACUUCCUUCAAUCGAAAAAUGAUUGAAGACCUUUUUUGAUGAAUUUUUGAUCUAGUUGCUCACAAAGUAGGUAGGUUUUUGAUUUUCUAAGUAGUUUUCAUAAUAAUUCGGAAAAAUAGGAAAAAAGAUUAAAAACGAUAAAUUUACUGCGUUAUAGUUCCUUUAUUUUAAAUUUUACUUUUUAUGUUUAAUACCUGAAAUAUUACUCUAAUAAAAAAACUACAAAAGAUUUUUUUGUUGCAUUCUUAAUCUAGUUCGUAAAUAAUAAUGUUGUUUUUUUUUUAAUAACUGAGUAAAACUGAAAAAAGAGACAGACAUACUUCAUACGAUGGGUGCAGCCUCUGUUUUUGGUGAGAAGUUCAGAGGCAGGAUAUAGAGGGGAAAUUAAAUUGUAUCUGUAAGCAACGAUAAACCAUUGUUUUAUUAAAAACGAUUCUGUGCGGAAUUCAGUUGAUAGUAGUAGUGCACGCAGGAUUUUUUUCGGGAUGGGUUUUGUCUAUAAUAAUUUCCUAAAGAGAGCAUAGCAGAGCACAGCAUUCUCCUUUCCUGGAGAAACUCUUGGGGAAAUCGAAAAAUGACCUUCUUGAAGUACCUUCCCAGUUAGAUUUCUUUUUACAGAAAGUGAUAUCAUUGUUAAUCGGAGCAAAAUUGCUGGUUGAAAAUUUGUCAACAGGAAAAAAAUCAUAGUAUUUUACUAAUAUAUUUCGUACACUUUCCCGUUUUUUCUCACUUUUUCCUUUUUAUUGAGAAAAUUUCCAGGAAAAAUUUUCAAAAAAUUUUCUUAAAGAACUACUUCAAGGAAAUUCUCUUCCAGAAAAGGGGCUACGUUGUAUACAUCGGAGUUAGCUUUCAAGGUAGACCAGUGUUCGAAUUAAAAAAAAAAGAAAAGAAAUAAACAUCUUUGUAAAAUCAAAACCUAGAAAGAACGGGAAAAUUUACGCAAAUAGUACUUUUAUUAUUUUAGAUUUUGUUUUUUAUGUAAUUUUUAUUUAAUAAGUACUUUAUGAAUAAAAUUGUUCGACCAAACAAAAAUGAUUGACCAUAAUUUAACAGAAGCUUUAUUUUAAGUUUAACUUAUUAGUAAAAAGAAGUUGAGUAUAAUGCAGUAUUUUUUUUUUUUAUACUUUAUUUGGAACAAUAGGUUAGAUAUUCGUUUUAAGAUUAGAUAAUCCAGUAUUUUGUUAUACCAGCAUAGUUUCAGGAAUAGUAUCCUCUAAUCCCACGAAUAAAAAGCUUCUAUUUUGUGUUUUUAUAAUUUUAUUUUCGGAAAACAAUUUUUUGGUUAUGAAAAAAAUCUCCGAAACUUUUUUUAUUGUCUUAAAAAUGUGGAUGUCUUUUAACACGGUGAUACCUAUGUGAACACUUUUUUUUAAGUACCAUAUAUGCCAAUAAUAGUUAAAAAAAAAAAAAAAAACUACAGAAUAUUACCCCCAAUAUUAUAUAAAUAUUUAAUUUGGUUCUAUACAUUUAUCAUAACGACCGUGCGACUUAAAUAAAUAUAUCAAGAUAAAAAAAAAAAAAAAACGAGUUUUGUACUAUAGUUUUAAAAUAUUUUAUAGUCCGUUAUUGUUCUCACCAAGUCAAUAUAACGACCUGGCCGUCGCGUCGUUGUCGUCUUGUUUUGUUUUCAAGUUUUUUUUUUUUAUAUAAACGUGAAGUUUUGCGUGUUAAUAAAUAUUUAAUUUGCUUCUUUUGACAUUUUUUCGCACAUUCCAAAUAUUAUUCUUAUGCGACCGAAUUUAUUUCGUGUUUGUAUACACAACAUGUUUUUAUACUCGAGCAGUCGAACGUGAAUAUAUUCAUAUUUCCACGUGAUGUCAUUUUUCCUGAGUUUUUUAAUAUUCAGUUUAGUUACCCCUCCCACAAUCAGUGGCUAUGAAUAGACAUUAUGAACACAAUUAUAUACAGACAUAAGAACAGUUGAAAUUCGCGUUGAAUGUUGAAUUCAUAUUAUACGCAUUAUGCGUGUAACAAUUGAUAAAACUUGAUUAUUUUGCAGCUAUUCUGGAUGCUUUCGGAAUAUAUGUUUAAUACAAUAUUUUGUUUUAUACUUCGUACAUCACAUCAGGUCUAAAAAUUGUAUACAGGAUAUGACAGUUUACUAUAAUGCGUGUUAAGGAAUUUAAUUAUAAUCUAUGGAGUGUAGUAGAUUAUAUGUUGAAAUGCUUGUAUACCUACAAUACAAAUUUAAUUUACAUACUGAAAAGUGUAUAGAUUAAAUGUUGCUGGUAGGUUUAAUAGUAAUAAUAAUAAUUUCCAUAAACGAAUUUUAUUUUUGUUGUUCUUUCUAUGGUUUUUCAUCGUUUUUAGAAAUUAAUAAUAUGUUCUCGUAUCGUCAUUUUGGCAUUAACAAAUGACAAAUUUGGAUUUUAACUUUUAAAUAAAUUUGAAUUAUGUUUUUUUUUUUUCUUAUAUUACAUUGACCAUUGUGGGAUAUUGUUUAAACACUAUACACUUUGUGUAAUUUUGUAUCCUCACUCAUUUCAACUUAAAUCAGUAUUAACUAUUGAUUUUCCAACAGCUAUCCUCCCCGUUUCCGUUUCCACACAGAUUCAAAAAAAUAAUAUUUGGCUACAAAUUUAAAUGUGUAGAACAUCAUUAUAUUAUAGAUUUUCCGUUUAUGAAUUAUAGGAUGAUUUAAAAUUUAAAUCGGUAAAAAAUAAGGAAGGGUAACAAAUAAAUUGAUCAUAAUUAUGGUAUAAUGGAUCACAAUAAAUGAAUCACACUCUGUAAAAUACAAAUGUUCAGGAUUUAUUGUUGGCUAAAUUAUGUUUAAAUUUGAUUUAAGAAGAUAUUAGAUUAGUGCGUCGACGUGUAGUGCACAUUUUUUUAAUUCUGUUGUGUAUAACGCGACAAAAACAACUAAUCGAUCGAUAAUUGGCAGCCAAAUGUAUAGGUAUUGAAGUUUUUUGAUUGUAUCGUUGAAUAGUUUAACUAUAUUGCUUUUUAAUUUUCGAUAAUAUAAUCGGAUAUUAUUAAAAUUCCGUGACCCGAUCGUAUCGUAGUUUUUCUAUUUACGAAUUCUAAUAAAAUAUACAAAUAUUCCGCAGUUUAUUGUUUGAUUUAUUUGUAUUAUUAUUAUUAUUUUUGUUUUUGUACUUUUCACGUGUUUCUUAUACAUAUAUAUAUAUAUAUAUGGAUGGAUCAAUGGUGCCUUAUUAUACUGUUGGAUUAAACAUUUUUAUAGCCAACUUUAAAUAUUCUUAUAUUAAAUUUUUUUAUCAUCUAAAAACGUUAAACAAAGCGACGAGGCUUAAAAUGUGUUUUGAAAACUAUGCAGGUAGAUACCUGAUAUAUAGUAGAUAUCUACUCAUCGAAAAUUGAUUUUAAUUGAUAUUUUAGAAUAUUUUAAUCAAAAUAAAUAUUAAAAAUCGUUUAGGUAAAACCAGUUUUCUGAACCGAUUUCAUUAUACCCAUCGCUGAAAUUAUAACAUAUUAUGUGUUUUGCUUAAGAAAUCAUCGUUUGGAAAUUACACAGAUUUCAAGCCCUGCGAAAAGAUUUCCGCAAAAAAAAAUAUAUACAUAUAAAGAGUGUAACUAGGCUUUUUGACACUCUGUAUAUCUGCCAUAUAAAAUAUAGGGUUAUAAAUUUGAAAGAAAGCUUUUUCUUUUGGCUGAUUGUAAAACGAAUUUUAUUAUGAAAUUUAUUUUGCAUUUUUCGCCAUUUUAAAUUGUUUAGGUUAUUUUUUUUACCUGUAAAGGUCAUUUUUUUCUGUUUAGUUCUUUUUACAUUAAUUACAUAUUUUUAAAUUUACUCAGGCUAAAUUAUAGAGUCAUAUUUAUAUUUUACAUCCUUGUUUUAAAAUAUAUAUAUAUAAGCCAAAUCUGUAUACAAAUAAGUACCAACUAUGUUUUAUUUGUCACGGUUCGAUAAGAUAAGGUGGAUUGUGGCCAUUAAUUAUUGCGGUAUCUGUAAACAAUUUGGUUCUUUAGAUACUAUUUUUAUUUAGUAUUCUAUGAUUUUAAGGGAUUUUUAAUGUAUUUUUAAUAAUGCAUUAAAUUCACAGCCCCAGUAAUAAUAAAUAAUAAAUAAUGACAACGUAAAUAAAUAUAUUUAUUAAACGAAAGCAAAUAUGAAUAAAUAUCACUGAUUAAAAAAAAAUGAUAUAUGACAGUUCGACAGCAAUAAUAUUUCUCCCGUAUAGUUUUUAUUUUAUACAAUAUAAUAUUCACGACGACGUAAGGAAAAAAAUAAAGACACGUGCAUUUUUUUUUAUAAAAAUAUUUUCUCCAUACGAAAUUAUGGUUUUUUUUUUUUUUUUUGUUCGCUGACAGAAAAACAUAAAUAAAAAAAAAAUUAAUUCUAUAUAAACGCUUUAUGGGAAAAUACUCUUAAAUUUAACUCGACACGAUUAAACAUUAUGUAUUAUUGAAUAUUUAUAGGCCUACUCGAGUGCAUAUUUGUAUUUAAAUAAAUAAUAUUUUGCAUCCAUAAAAUAUUGUUUAGGGAUAAAAGUAGGAAAACAUUCGAGAGAGGAGUUGCAAAAAACAUUUGACCUCUGUAUCACUGUUAGUAAAUUUACUAUUUAAAUUUCAAAUAUGAGUUAAAGAAUAAUUUAUGUAUCGGGGGAGGUUUGAAGCCUCUCCCCGCGUUCGCCACUGAAAUCAGAACUGCACAUUUAAGAAAAUCCUAUAACGAUGACAUUUCCGAUUUAACAUAUUUUUAUCUUAUUUUAAUUUGUGUGUAUGUGUGUGUUUGAUUACAGGCCUAGAAGCUCAAGUACAAGAGACGUCCAAAGACCUAUAUUGGUUUUGAUGAGAUUAUGCUGUUUUUAUAAUAACACAACUAUAUAUACGUAUUAUAUAUUUUACAACAUUAUCAGCAGUCUACAGUUGUCGUCAACAUGAUAUAAUAUUCAUUAUUACGAAAUAAGUGGUUUUUAAAAAAAUAUAUACGCAAAAUAUAUAGCAACUAAAUAAAUAUCUGCAUCGGUCAUCGCCCUAUAUACACUCGUAUAAUAUGAU